AUGUUCACCCCCAGUAUACUCAGCAAGUGCUCCAAGCCACACCAGCCCCAUUGCAUGCUGGGUAAAAGCAAGGGCCACAGGACAUAACACACACACACACAGUGCUCAGUGUGUUGUGAGUAUUGUAUUAUCGUCGUGUGAUGGGAGGAAUGCGGAGCACGGAGAGACAGAGAGAAGGGUUGUAUACAGUAUAUCCCUCUGUCACUGUGGUUAUCAUGCUAGCGCGCUACUUUACAGCGCUAUUUGUCCCCUGUUGAAGCACACAUGAUGUACGUACUACUGUCCUCUUCACAUGUGACAUAUGGAGAGUAAUUGGAGGCAGAGUGUAAGUUCAGGAAGGUUAGAAUGUGCUUUGUUUGUUGGUGUAGUUUGGUUGCACUUGCAAAGCGACCCAUCGAGACUCAAUACUUCUACUACUAGGCUGAUUUACUGACGUUUGUGGGUCAGUAUACACAAGAACCAAAAAUAUGACUGAACUUCUGGAAAAGUGGAAUGUUUUGGGGGUGUAUAUCUCUGACUGUCUGAGAAUCUAUGUGUGCAGGCUGUGUGUUACUGUAUUUGGGAGGUUUAAAUUCAUAUAAAUCUGUGUCAGGACCUCACAUUAUUUUCUUACCUCUGCUUUUUACCCUUCAAAGACCAAUUAUUGUUAUGGCUGUGUGGUAUUUAGUGACUGUCGUAAAUAACCGACGCAAAUAUGGACCAAACGCCUAACCACCAAUGCACACGCACACACAGGAAGGUUCUCAAGUCAGACUUGAGAUAAAGUGUAUGAGAACAUAAACUUCUAAAAGAGACUGGAGGAUAUCUCUUUGAUACAAUCAAUGUACUUAAUUAAGACAGUUUUAUUGCCAACUAUGUAUGCAUGCAUCUUCUUUGAUAGCCAUAAAUGAUCAAUAAAUCCAAGAGCGUCAGCUAAAUGACGUAAAUGUAAAUGUAAAUGUAAUACCCGAGAAGACUCGAGGCUGUAAUCGCUGCCAAAGGUGCUUCAACAAAGGACUGAGUAAAGGGUCUGAAUACUUAUAUAAAUGUAAUAUUUCAAUUUUUUUAAACCUGUUUUUGCUUCCCGAAGGCACUGUAUGUAUGUGUGUGAGUCUGUGUGCGUAUGGCCAUUGACAGAAAUUGUGUGUGUGUGUGCUUGUGUGUGUGGCCUCCACUCCAUCCCAUCCCCAGCCUUUGUGUUGUUCUGUUGUUGUGUGAGGGGGGCAGGGGUGAUUCGAGGGCUGGCAGUCGCCGCCUGGAUUGUGCUCUCACUUUCCAGCUCUUUCAGUGGGGGAAGCACACAGACCAAAACACGCUAUUAUUUUAUUGUCAUUUUCGCAGGCAGUGAGUGAUAAACCACACAAACACUCCCACAUACACUUCUCUCAUACACACACCUAUCAAGGGACCAGCAGGAGACUGACAAAUGUGAGUGGAAAAGUUUUUAUUUUAUUUGGGAACGUUUGAGAAGAUGGCUGAGAUUGGCUUUGCCCACUACUGUAGAAUCCAAUGGAACAGUAGGGUGAUUGUAGGGUACUUGCAGUAUGUGUUUAUCCAUCCUAUUGCUGCAUUCCAAUAUACUGUAUACAGUAUGUAGUCAUUUCUUAACCAUCAGACCGCGUCAAUAGAAGCCAGACAAUGUGCAUUAGAAGUGAUUUACAUAAUACCAUACCCAGAUCACUCUCUGGUGCAGCAGGUAGCUUAGGCUAGGGGGUAGCAGGUAGCCUAGCGGUUAAGAGUGUUGGAGCAAUAACCGAAAGGUUGCUGGUUCGAAUCCCUGAGCCAGCAAGGUGGUAAAAUCUGCCGUUUUGCCCUUGAGCAAUGUAAUUAACUGCUCCCCGGGCGCUGAUGAUGUCGCAGCUUAGGUUAAAUGUGGAAGACACAUUUUUUGUUAAAUGCAUUCAGUUGUGCAACUGACGAGGUAUCCGCUUUAGUCUAAAGACUCUUGAGCAAUGUUUUUGCAGAGAAGGCCUGUAAUAUGCACUGUAGUUAGCAUUACCCUGUGCUGCCAAUACAAAAUAUAAUUACCAUGUAAUAUGCAGAAAUCUGAACAUAAAGUGGAACUAGCAUCAAAGAGUGGGUCACCGACAAAAACGUACUGUAAAACUGGAGUAAAUGCAUCCCUCAACAUUUUUUACCUGCAAAUUGCACCUGAUUUCUGUGAUAUCUGUAGUGCUCAUGGAAUUGCAUUGUUGAGAGUUACAUUACGUUUCUAAAACAUGAUUCAAAGCCCUGCAUGUUUACAAGAGGUAUAGGUCAGGUCAGUGCACACAAACAAAUAGCGAUGUAUCAGACGGUUCUGGAUGAGGCAGGAAAGCAAAGAGCUGGACACUAGUGGCCACAGGGGCCACAGCGGCCAGUAUAACCUCUGUAUGGGCAUUACUAUACAAUAACAAUACAGAAAUCUAAUCAUGAUCCAUCCUAACAGUCCAUACUAUAUGUAGGCUAUCUAGUGUGCUGCUAGAAUGUACUGUAAGUGUGUUCUCAUCAAUAUAUAACUAUGUCCUACUGUUUUCCACUGUUUACAUGAGUUCAAACAGGAUUUGUUUUCUUUCAAAUACUUUAGCCACACUUGUUGAGGGUGCCUGGCAUAUAACCAAUUGUAUAGUCCCACAAGUGCAAACCCUGCCCAUCUGGCACUCCUCAAACAAUCAAAGUAUUUGAAAGAAAACAAGUACUAUUUGAACCCAGGUCUGCUUGUUUAUUCUGUUUAAUAGCUGAUCUAGUAGAAGUAGAAAAAACUCUGGCAAAAAGCAUCUGCGCCCACCCAGUCUCUGCGUUUAGAGACAUUGGCAUUGCUCCUGUAAAGUACUUGUGCAUACAUUAAAAUUAUGAUUUUUGUAAUAGCUCAUGUCCUCUUUCUCCCAGGUGCUGAUCACCAUAUACUGGCUGGGUAGGAAGGCACAAAGCAAACCUUUCUAUAAUAGACCUAACCUAAACCUCAAGGCCUUCGAACGACUACUGGGCAUAGCAGCAGUAUCCAAGGUAAAUAUAUAACCUUACUGUAUGCUGUGCUAGGCUAGGUUAACACUUUAUUGUUCUAUAAUUAUUCACUCUAUUAUACUCAAUAUAACCCAUUCUAUUUUUAUGUUUGUCCCUUUUAGUAAUUAUAUUUCUAUGGGUGCAGUAAUAAUAGCCUGGUCCCAGAUCUGUUUGUACUGUCUUGCCAAUGUGUUUAACCAUAGGAGUUUGCACGACAAUGACCAGGCUACGGUAUUAGCGCUAUUCAAAGUUAAGCCGCCUCACUGUACUACAGUGGGCUAGUUAAGUUUGGGGUCCAUCAAUUGAUGGACAUUCCAUUUCAAUUCGAGAAUGGAAAGGUGCCUUUUAGUUUCAAUUAGGAUUUUUCAAUACUUUAAUUGGAAUUUCAGUUCAUGAGACUGAAUUGAAUUGGAAUGGACCUCAACCCUGAUGUACCUGCACAUUGUUAUUCAAACUACAGUUUUUAUGUUAUGUGUGCUACCAAGUAAUGCUUUGAGUAAUCAGCAUAGCUAGGAAUCAAAUCGUAUGAAUGAAAUCCUCUUUUACAUUCACAGACCAUCACAUCUCUACAUCCUUCCUGGUAUUUUAGCUAUGUUUUGAGGAAGCCAGCCCAUUGGCCAAGGGGCUUCAGGCUCAAAAUACUUGACAGUCGGCACUAAAAACAUAGCAACGUUAAGUCAUAACUGAUCCAAUCUCCUGACGCAGCUAUUUUAAUCUUGUUUACUUCAGGAGCCCAUAGGUCACUUGAUACAUGCAUAAAAGUGUGUGUGUCGGUGUGUGUAUGUCUGUCUUUGCACAUGCAUGUACAUGUGUUUGUGUGUGUCGUGACAUUGCUGAAUUUUACAGUUUGGUUUGUUUACAGUUAGAUUUACCAAGCACAUUCAACCCUUCCGAUUACACUCUAUACCAUUGGAUUUUAUACGAUUAAAAACAGGCAAAAGUGAUGGUUGGUUACGACAUGUUCCAUGCAUUUAUCUGUUCCAGUCCGAGAUCAGUGAAGCAAAGUUAAGCCGAGCUCCGUAGGGAAUAGCAUAGAAUAGCAUUGUUUAGCCCUGGAUUCAAAGUCAAUUACAAAUCUGACAUUGUCUGUGUCCCAUAUGGCACCCUAUUCCUUACAUAUUUCAUCACUUUUGACCAGAGCCCAUAGGAAUUUGUUCAAAAAGAAUUACAUUAUAUAGGGAAAAGGGUGCCAUUUGGAAGCCAAGGCAGUUAUUGUUUCAUAGGGAGCAGCUGACAAGUUGUUGCUUGUUGGGAAGCAGGCUGGUUAGAGAGGCUCCAGGCCAUUUUUGUUCUAUUUUAUUUAACAUUUAUUUAACUAGGCAAGUCCAUUUAGAACAAAUUCUUAUUUACAAUGACGGCCUACCAAGAGACAAAAGGCCUCCUGUGGGGACAGGGGUUGGGAUAAUACAUAAAAAAGUAGAACAAAACACACAUCACGACAAGAAAGACACCACAACACUACAUAAAGAGAUACUUAAGACAACAAUACAACAUGGCAGCAACACAACAUGACCACACAACAUGGUAGCAACACAACAUGACAACAACACAACAUGGUAGCAACACAACAUGGCAGCAGAACAACAUGGUGGCGGCACAAACAUGGUACAAAUAUUGUUAGGCACAGACAACAGUACAAAGGGCAAAAAGGUAGAGACAAAAACCUAGCUAGCACAGUGGAUCUGGGCCAAUUCAUGUGGCCCGGCAGUAUUACUUAUGGCUAGGAUGCUGGGAUUGAGCUCGGGCCGAUUCCGGUGUGAGUUAUCUGGCCCAAAUGUAUUCCUAGGUUCUCGGGCCGAUUGUGGCUACUCUCUGGCAGAUGAUUACACGUGCUGCUUUAUAUAAUUAACAUUAACAUUUCAUUUUUCCAUAUUUUCUGUGAUCAAAAAAAUAAAAUAAACAUUUAAAAAAAAAAUCUGUUUAAGUAGUAACUCCGUACGGGAGUUGCAGCGAUGGGACAAGACUGUAACUACCAACUGGAUAUGACGAAAAGGGGGUAAAAAAUAAAAAAUUUAACUUUGUGGAUGGGUAUAAAAUGUAUAAUAGUAAUAUUUAAAUUUGCAUCGGCCCGCUUCGGGGGGGAUUCUGGUAAGAUGCCGGCAAAGUCGUCUGAAUUCCGGUAGACGGAAACGGGCCGAUGUACUUGGGCCGAUUCUGUGCAGUCAUUCAUUUUGAUUCCGGGCCGAGCCUGACACCCGAUUCCGGGCCGAUUCAAUCAGAUCCGGCCACCCGGAAGAGGGCCGUUUCUGGGCCGAUUCCUCAUUGCUAGCUGGGAAUACAUCACACGAAGCAGCCAAAAGUGUCAGUAAAAGUGUCCAUGAUUAAGUCUUUGAAUGUGUAGAUGGAAAUAAAACUGUCCAGUUUGAGUGCUUACGCUAAGCCAGUCUUUAGACAGUCAACAGUUAUCAUGGUCGCCAUCAUCACACAACGCAUGGCUAACUGGGUUGUGCUUGUAUGAGUCAGAGCGGAAAACAUUUAUGCGUUGGAGUUGUGGUCAUCAGAAGUAUGUGUGUCGGGGAGGUGUGUGUGUGUGCAUGUGUACGUGUGUGAGUUGUCAUGUACCCAGUGAGGAUAACCCUAAAAAGCUAAAUGACUAAGAGACACAACAUUCUGUCUUUCAAAUGUUUGUGUGUUUGUAUGUAUUGCAGGCACUCAAGGAAUCGUCCGGCCAGAGAGCCAGCAGCCUUAGCAGCAGCAGCAGCAGCUUAAGAGAAAGAGACAGUGGUUUUGGAGACAGCUGGUACAGUGACAAAGACGAUCUAUUCCCUAUACUGAGAGGAGGAGGAGGAGGAGGAGGACACAGAAGAGGGGACUCUUUGGAUAGCUUGGACUCCCUGGGUUCUAGACCACAUAGCAAAUCCUCGAACAACACUCAAAGGCAACAGUGAGGGUAUGGACACACACACACUUGUCAAUCUCAACUACACACAGACACACAGAGACACACACACACACGUCAAUCUCAAUCGGACAGGACCCAAGUUGCGUGUUUUGGUUAAACUUUGUUACGCUUUUACACACACACACACACACACACACCAAUCUCAAUUAUCACACACUCCACUCGGACAGGACUUGAGUGUGUUUUGGGUAUAUUUUGUUAUGCUUUGUUUUUGGCUAAUAAUAGUAUACCUCUAUAUCUUAGUCUGAGAUCUUGAGCAGUAGUGAUUGUGUUAACGUGAUGGUAUUUGAAGGGUAGAUGGUAUUGUUUCCUUAGGACUAUCUGAGAAUAUCUGUGAAAUUCACACUGAGCGUGUUGAUUUUACCAAUAUCGGAUCUUUGUUGACAUUUGACAGUGUGUGAACUAGUUUAUCAGUUCAAAGUCUCGCAGCCGACACAAAAAUAGGAAUAUUUUCAUAAUACAAUGUCUUAGUCUCAAUGUAAAACAAAUAAUGUUUUGGGAUAAAAAAACAUGUAGCAUCAGUUUAAGAGAGCAAACUACUUGUAAAAAUAAAUACAUAUCGCUCUCGAGUGGUUGAUACAUUUAAUGAUAUGUAUUUUCUCUUCACAACUCAUCAAACUCACUGUAAGGAGAACAAUAUAUUACACAAAAAGCUAUUUUCUACUUCUAUUAUACAAUAGUUAUUUUAAUUAAGUCGAAUAGGUUUUGGUUUGGUCUUAGAUAGGGGUUGGUGGUGUUUAAGGCCUAGGAGAGCAGGUCCCUCCUCCCACCUUCCCUUCCCCUUACCUCCCUUUCCAAUCUCCACUUUGCUAUUCUCUCUUUUACCUCUUAUCUCCCCCUCCACAACCCUCACUGGACUUCUCCCUCUUUCUACUUUUUCUCUCCUCUUACUCUUCCCUCCCCCUUCCUCUUCAAUUUCUCCCCUCUUCCUUCUCUAUUUCUCCUCACCCCCCUAGGUUGUGGGAGUGACACGGACUCAGUCUUCAGGAUGGCGGCGGACAGUAACAAGGAUUCGCUGCACUACCGCCGCUCGCUGGUCAUCGCACCCAAAACGACCACACAGUUCAACCAGUUCCUGCCCACCAAGGACAAGCCGGCGGCCUACGUGCCAGCGCCGCUCCGCAAGAAGCGGGCCGAGCGCCACGAGGACAGCCGCCGAAGCUGGGCCAGCCCCAUGUACACAGAGGAGGAUGGCACCUUCACCAGGUAGCAGAGUCAUACACACACCUAUAGCUUAUACACCAGAAAUCAGCUGCCUCAAGUCUUUAUCCACAGGUGCUGCUCUAGCAAAUCCUUUCAGAUAUACGAAGGGCCAAUAGAAGUGUAAAAUGUUCAUUACGGCCUGUUCACUGGUCUGUCAAUGGUUAAAUCAUCCAGAAGGGUGGGGCUCAAUUCCAUUUUAAUUCAGUCAAAUUCAGGUGAAUUGGUAUCCUUCUAUUAAAUCGAAAUGGUAUCGAGCCAAACCUUGCCACCCAGUUUCUUUGAUCGUUAUGAAACUACAUUAAGCUACAGUAAGCUAGCUUUAUAAGCCAGCUUGUUUUCUUUCACACGGAAUAAAACUUCCACUUUGCACUGGUGAAUACUGUAUAAGAAAUGGUUCUGACUCUAUGUGGUUUAAAUCUACUGUAUGCCAUACCCUGAUCCCUGCCCUGUCCUUACACACUCCUCUCCUAUCAUCUCCACUGUCUGUCUGUCUGUCUACUGGUUGUUUCUCCCAUGGUUGUGUAUGAUUGUCCCAUGGUUAUGGUUGUGUGUGUGCACUGUACCAUCAUAUCCUCCUGUUGCGACUAACCACGGAACACUGACCUCAGUGAGACCAGGUCCGAAUCCUCCAACAACAGAUGCAUAUCCCAGAAUUCCCUGCCCGCCGCCCACCUGCAGUGGGCGUACGAGUACGAGAGUGGCAGUGACGACGAGUCCGACCCCGAGCGGCCGGACCCCGACCUCGUUCUGGAUGACCUGGCCAGCCGGCGCUUCCACAGUCCCUCCCCCGCCCCGCCUACCAACUUCGCACUACCAAUCAGCCCUGUGGAGGCCGGGAAUGCCGUGGGAUUAGGAGGAGGGGGAGGAGGGGUUUCAGUGGCGAAAGGAGGGACCUGGCCAAUGGUGACAAUGACCACGAACACGAACGACCCACCGCGGCAGACGGUGACCUGCCUCAGGUCAGAAAGCCUGAUGACCAUCUGACCAGAGAGAGAGAGAAAGAGAGAGCGCUUCUUCUGUUACGCCUGCCGGAUGAACGAGUGUGGGAGAAAGAAAGAAUGAGAGAACGAGAGAGCGCUUCAGUUUGCAUGGUUUCUAGAACCAUGAGUGUAGCAGGUUACCUUGGUCUUAACUUGCCGGCCGCUUCUAACUGAUUGAUUUGAUACGUUUUUUUUGUGUGUGUGUUUGAUUGUUCUGUUUGAUUGUUUUCUUUAGUUGUAUUUGCUCGUUCCUUUUGCAGUUGGAUUUGCAGUGACUGAGUGAGUGACUUGCCAUCCGAAAUAUCCAAUUUCAUUGACUCGAUUUCAUUUACUUGAUUUAAUUGAUUUAAUUUAAUUGAUUUGAUUUAAUUGAUUUGAAACAUCCCCAAAAAUAUUUUUUUGUUCAUCAUGUGUUUUUCGUUUUGGUUCUGCAUUGUCUUCUAACCCUAUCCUUGUGUGCUCUCAUUGGAGAUUGUGUGCCGUUUACCCAAGGUUGUUCCAACACUAUAGGCUCCUUGCUCUGCCUGUGAUUGCUUGUGUGCACUUCCUGAUAAACCCUUUCCACUCAUAUGAUUGGCUGGUCUCUUUCUCUCUCGAGUAGCAGCAGUGGGCCAAUGACGCCGAUGCGCUCCCCCCAGCCUCAGAUGGGCUCAGUGAGGGUGGACCACCGCCAUCCUCUCCCCACUGAUAGCCUCCUCCGACAGAUGUACGACGAUUCUGAAGACGAGGAAGAUGAUGUUGGGUACGCUGACCCCGUUCAGGACGACCUGUACGCCCGCAAAGUGGGCGUGUCGCCCAAGCCACCUGUCGACGUGUCAUAUGACAGGUUCCUACCCAAGUUCUGGACGCCCGAGGAGGACGCCCACAUGCAGAAGAUCAAACUGGGGUCCCAGAGGAGACCCUGGUACAAAAAGAUCCAGGGCUUCAGGUCUGUGGACAUACUGACAGGGAGGGGGGGACGGACGAUGCAGAGAGGGCCAAUGUUAAAGACCGCACACACCACACACACACACACACUUACAGCAUCAUCAUACCCAUAACACAGAUUUAAUGUCAUAAUUUAAAGCACUUACAUUCCAUUCACAUGUUCAUACUGUACAUUUCAAAUACUAUAUAAAACAUUAGUACAUACAAUGUCAACAUUUACAAACCAUAAUUUCCUUACUCUUUCUUCCAUUCAAUAUUUCUAAUAGCACAGCCCAUGCUUAUUGCUAUAACAGUACUUUAUCACUCUAUAACCAACAAUUUUCAUUAUCUUUCUAUCACAGUUUCCAGUUUCUAUCUCUUUCUAUCACAACAUUUUCCAGUGAUUCCCUAUAGUCUGUUUAAUCCAUGUGAUUCUAACAUCAUUCAUAAAGCUUUCAUUUGAUUGAUUAGUUGGGUCUGCACUGCUGUGGGGCACUAUUCUACUCUACUUUUACACUACUUCACUGUGUUGAUUCCACCUGUCUGACUUCUGUUUCUCUCUUUUCUUCUCACUUUGCCUUACUCUCCCUUUCCCCACUCUCUUUUUCCCUCACUUUCCCUCCCCCCUUCUCUCUCUCCCCCCCUCUCUCUUUCUCUCUCUCCCCACCUCUCUCUUUCUCUUUCUAUCUCUUUCUUUUCUGCACCCACUCCUCUCUCUGGGGCCAUAGCCGAAAGAAGUCUGGCAGCUCAUCCUCUGACGACUCUGACUGCGAUGUCAGUCGCUGGCUCUCCUCAGCCCCUUCAGGCCCCUCCCCCUCCUCUCACCCCCAUGUACCUGAAGGCUCCACCCACACCAGCCACCCGGCUGCAGAUCAAAGGUCGAUACAGCUGCUCGAUUGAUUGUGACAUCACAGGAGCACUGGUCUAGAACAUUGCCUUAAAAGGGCAGGAGUUCUGAUUGGCUGCCCUCCCUCACGUACUAACAGCGAUACUGUGCCACAAAGCUAAGCUAAUAACUUUGCCCUAACAUGCCUUGAAGAGCAGUUUUGACAGUUUUGACAGUUAUACCAGUUAUACUGAGGUAUAAUCGCUUUGCUGUCUUGCUGUUUAGUCCAAUUUGCAUCAGUACAUAUGUUAAGAUACUGUACUCUUUGCCAAGCAUUUACGAUUUGAAUAAGAUGCUUCAGAAUACAAGAUCCCCAGUUUGAUGCAGCCCUGUUUUGAAUCAAACAGCUUUCCUUUUUUUAAACCUCCUUUUCCUAGCUCUUUCUGUUUUCCUCCUAUUCUACUUGCAUGCAACUCAUCAACCCUCUACCCUCUCUCUUUCUCUUCUCUCUCCCGCGCCCCCCCCCCCCCUCCUCCAGUCCCUACAACACUCAGCCACAAUACACUGCCCUCUACCAGCCCCCCAAAAAGCAACCCACCAACAUCCCAUACUUUGAGCGUUCCCCGGUGGUAUUCUCCAAGAUCGACCCCACCUCAGGCCCCCGGCUGGUCAGAUGUGAGAAGCGUCCCCUUCUGGGGCGUGACAACCCCCUGGAGCCUCCAGACCCAUCGGAUGAGUCCCUGGCGAGCAUCUUCCCUGACCUGGAGAAUGACGACAUGUUCGCCCGACGCACCCAGGCCUUCCACUCCAACUCGGAGCUGGCUGUGCUGAAAACCCAGGUGUGUGUAAACCGCAUGUCCGGCCAGCUCUACGCCUCGAACCCCCAGCUCAGCAUUGCCACCCAGCCGCAUAGGCCGGGCAAGGGCAACAAGACCGUCAUCCCCGACAUCGAGCGGGACGACUUUGUCUUUCGGAAGGUCAACCCGCCCCAGGAUGGUCGGCGGCAGAGACCACUGUUGGGUGCUGCCGACAGCUACAACCCGAUGAACAUCCCUGAGCCGUGGGCGCUGCCUGCCAAGCUCCAGGCACGGCUGCUCUGCGCCCCCUCACCUUUGAACCAGGAGGUUGAAGCUGAGGGCGGGGAGAACCAUGAGGAAAGAGGAGAUUGUGACGGGCACCCCAAAACGGAUGACAUGCUGCUGAGGAAGUUUGGGGUGGUGCUCGGGGUGGGGGUGGGGGCAGUGCGUAUCCAAGGUCAGGGUUCGUAUCUAGGUACGUCAGCCAAUCAGAUGGGUCCGUCGCUGCCCACUUCCUGUAGCGAGGGCGACCUGCAGAAAAUGGUGGCGAUUAGGGAGGCUAGUCGGCUUAGGUACAAGAAGAGGAUGAUGAUCGAGAGGUUAGCCUUUCUGAACCGUUAGGAACUAAAAUGGCUGCCGAAAACAACAAAUCUCAUUUGGCACCCCAAACCCUAUAUAGUGCACUGCUAUGGGCAGCAGGUAGCGUAGCGGUUAGAGCGUUGGGCCAGUAACUGAAGAGUUGCUGGUUCGAAUACCCGUGCCGACAAGGUGAAAAAUCUGUCGACGUGCCCCUGAGCAAAGUACUUAACUCUAAUUUGCUCCAGGGACACUGUACUACUAUGACUGACCCAGACCCACAUAUGUCUACCGUGUGAGGCUCUAGUCAAAAGUAGUGCACUAUAUAGGGAAUAGGGUGCCAUUUGAGACAGAGCCUCAAAUCUCUGGGUUGUGUGUUGUUUUCUUCUUUAAUUUAAACAAAUGACCUUUUUUACCCAGGUUGUGGUAUUUUCUGAAACCAUACAAGCUAUACGAUUCUGAAGAUCUAAAACGCAACACCCUAAGUGAAUGACCUUUCUGUACAACUUGCAUAACUGCUGCCAACCUUUUUAAAAGUGCUAAUUCUAGACACCACCACAUGAGUACUGUCGUCAAUGCAGUGACCAAAAAUGUAUGCGUCCAUCAGAAUUGGGGGGGGGGUUGUUUUCUGCUCAUGGAUUGCCUUUGCCUGUGAAUUUAAAAAUACUUUGUCCCAUGCUUAAUAAAAAAAGACAAAACAGACUGAAAGCUGUUGUCAUGGAAUCAAUCAGAGGUGGUUCACGAAUGGCGUAGUAUGACAUCACCCUAGCACCUCUAUUUGCCUUGGAACAACACAGUGUCUCCUCAACAUCAGGGAACUUCAUACUGACUUGGGGAGCAGGGAACAGUAUGAGCACAGUGGUAUGAUAAGGAAUUGAACAUGAGUAAGAUCUAUAUAUAACUCAGGCUAUUGACCACAAACUCACUCUCAUGGACAGACACACGUAACAUAGCGUCUGUCAAACAGACGGAGAUGCGACAACUAACGAGGAACAUUUGGCCCAUGCUUUGGCUGAGAGUUUCCGUUUAGGGGGAUGGAGACUUUGCUAGUCUUGUUAGUAUCUUUUCUCAUAAAAUACAGUAUAUAAUCUCCCUCCUGAACCUAAUCAAGCAUCUGAUGCAAUUACGCAAGAUUUUAGUUUUGGGUUUCCGAGAUGAACCCCAUACUUACACCUAGACACUGCACCAAACCAGACCUGGAUUCAAAAUACUAUUUGAAAUCAUUUCAAAUACUUUAGCUGUGGUCCUUUGAGCUUGCCUGGCGGAAUAGUAACUGCAUGGUGAAUGAUGACUGGAGUAACAUUCUUUCUAAGUGAGUAGAUAAGAUGUUUCAGAACAAAAUUAAUCCUGAUAAUGCCAUGAUUAAGAAAAAUCAUGAAUGAAUCAUGAAUGAAUCAUGAAUAAUGAUGAAUGAGAUAAUGUUCAACAAAACAUGCUAACCUUCUCACUCAUCAUUAUUCACAAUUCAUUCAUGAUUAUCCAUAAUCAUGGUAGCAUCCACAUAAAUGUAGAAGUGUUCAGAAACAUCUUCUAUUCUUACUUACAAUAAAAUUGACUCCAAAAUGGCACAAGACAUUAUUCACCAUUCAAUUCCUGUUAGGCAUAACAUAAUCCAAAACACGAAACUUUUGACUGCUUUAAUACACUAUAAGUACAUUUGUCCAAAUACUUGUGAUUUCUUCAAAUGGGGUGACAAAAUAAAAAAAUGUAGCUUCACUGUCCAAAUACAUAUGGAGGUGAGUGUACAUAUGACGCACACACACACACACACACCUUCCCUCUCACACACUCACAAUCACAUGCACCCACGUUCUAUUUCUCUGUGUGACACACUCACAAAACAGGCCAUUCAAACAUGAGUCUGAGGCAUCUGGAUGUAUUUCCCUCACACAUGGAAAAGUCCUGUAGAGUUUCCAGUGACAUCACCCUAGCUCUGGUCUCGAAGAGAUCAAAGGAAGGUGGUACUCGAACUGUGAUACACACCCACCUUCAAUAAAAAGGAAAGUGAAACCCCAGGAGAACGAAGCUGAAGUGGAGGGGCACUUGACUAUGCAUUGUAAUGAACCAUUAUGUGUGUCCAUCCAUGCACUUGAUCUUUUUCCCCUCCUGUAUGAAUCUUGAAGACAGAGGCUGGAGGUAGCCAUCCCUUACCACAGGUCUGUCUAGGAUUAGAUUCCCAAUCCUAACCUUAACCAUUAGAGGGAGAGAAAAACUCCAGAUAGUGGUUAGGGAUCACUUCACCUCUACUUAUUCCCAGAAUAGGAAAAUAAAUUCUGUCCCAAAUGUGACUUUUUUGUCUGUGUGGUUCUCUUCUCUGGCUCUCCUAGACUGCUCCAAAAGCAUGACGUUGCUAGCGAUGGGUGAGUUGAUUAUGUCUGUUCCCAGGAAUGUGGCAUGGUCGUGUUCUCUCCACAGCCACCCCCGCCAUGCAAUCACAGAGCACCCCUCUGCCUCCUUCCUCUUUUUGCCUUCGUGUUGCUUCUCUCGUUUACUAGCUCCCUCACUCUCUGGCUGACUGCUAUACGCUGACACUGACACAUUGCUGGGAAUUGAAUGGUGCAGGGCCAAACCAAGGGGGGUGGGACACGACGCACUCCACAAAACUAUUGACAAAGCAACAAAGUGGUGUGAGGGGAUUUUACACACAAUACCGAUAUGCUGGGUCAUCCAACCAAACAUACUGUAUGUUCUGUACAGCUGAGAGUUAGAAAAUUGUUCAAGCACAGGUUGUAGGCUAGCGUGAUGGUUGGUUUUGUGUAACAGACAGACAAGAUGAAGAGACAUUGAUAGCAGUAUGAUUCAGAAGUUUACAGGUCAGUGAAAUGGAGUGAAUGUUUUUGGCCAUAGACAACUUUGAAAGCUUCGAGUGAACAAGCAUAUUUUGCAUGAAUGGGAUGGUUGAGAUUUACAGCAUGGUUUGUCUAACCCAUUAGGCUAAAACCACAUUAAGCUUGUGUUUUGUGUGACUCAACUGUUGCUUAUUUUGUUUGCUUACUAAUACCUGACUAAGAAAUGUGAAAAAUGGGGAACAUGUUUUGUUUGUACUAUCUUUUAGUCUUAACGGUGUUGUGUAGAUGAAAAAUACUGUUUCAUCUUCAAUGAAUGUUGAACCUUGAAAUGUUUUUGUUUUCUGUGUUCUUAUGAGAAACAUACAGUGAGGGAAAAAGUAUUUGAUCCCCUGACAAAGACAUGAUCAGUCUAUCAUUUUAAUGGUAGGUUUAUUUGAACAGUGAGAGACAGAAUAACAACAACAAAAUCCAGAAAAACGCAUGUCAAACAUUUUAUAAAUUGAUUUGCAUUUUAAUGAGGGAAAUAAGUAUUUGACCCCUCUGUAAAACAUGACUUAGUACUUGGUGGCAAAACCCUUGCUGGCAAUCACAGAGGUCAGACGUUUCUUGUAGUUGGCCACCAGGUUUGCAUACAUCUCAGGAGGGAUUUUGUCCCACUCCUCUUUGCAGAUCUUCUCCAAGUCAUUAAGGUUUCGAGCCUGACGUUUGGCAACUCGAACCUUCAGCUCCCUCCACAGAUUUUCUAUGGGAUUAAGGUCUGGAGACUGGCUAGGCCACUCCAGGAACUUAAUGUGCUCUUCUUGAGCCACUCCUUUGUUGCCUUGGCCAUGUGUUUUGGGUCAUUGUCAUGCUGGAAUACCCAUCCACGACCCAUUUUCAAUGCCCUGGCUGAGGGAAGGAGGUUCUCACCCAAGAUUUGACGGUACAUGGCCCCGUCCAUCGGCCCUUUGAUGCGGUGAAGUUGUCCUGUCCCCUUAGCAGAAAAACACCCCCAAAGCAUAAUGUUUCCACCUCCAUGUUUGACGGUGGGGAUGGUGUUCUUGGGGUCAUAGGCAGCAUUCCUCCUCCUCCAAACACGUCGAGUUGAGUUGAUGCCAAAGAGCUCGAUUUUGGUCUCAUCUGACCACAACACUUUCACCCAGUUCUCCUCUGAAUCAUUCAGAUGUUCAUUGGCAAACUUCAGACGGGCCUGUAUAUGUGCUUUCUUGAGCAGGGGGACCUUGCGGGCGCUGCUGGAUUUCAGUCCUUCACGGCGUAGUGUGUUACCAAUUGUUUUCUUUGUGACUAUGGUCCCAGCUGCCUUGAGAUCAUUGACAAGAUCCUUCCGUGUAGUUCUGGGCUGAUUCCUCACCGUUCUCAUGAUCAUUGCAACUCCACUAGUUGAGAUCUUGCAUGGAGCCCCAGGCCGAGGGAGAUUGACAGUUAUUUUAUGUUUCUGCCAUUUGCGAAUAAUCGCACCAACUGUUGUCACCUUCUCACCAAGCUGCUUGGCGAUGGUUUUGUAGCCCAUUCCAGCCUUGUGUAGGUCUACAAUCUUGUCCCUGACAUCCUUGGAGAGCUCUUUGAUCUUGGCCAUGGUGGAGAGUUUGGAAUCUGAUUGAUUGAUUGCUUCUGUGGACAGGUGUCUUUUAUACAGGUAACAAGCUGAGAUUAGGAGCACUCCCUUUAAGAGUGUGCUCCUAAUCUCAGCUCGUUACCUGUGGCGCAGUGGUCUCAGCUCCUCCUGAGUGGCGCAGUGGUCUAAGGCACUGCAUCGCAGUGCAAACUGUGCUACUAGAGAUCCUGGUUCGAAUCCAGGCUCUGUCGCAGCCGGCCGCGACCGGGGGACCCAUGGGGCGGUGCACAAUUGGCCCAGCGUCGUCCAGGGUAGGGGAGGGAAUGGCCGGCAGGGAUGUAGCUCAGUUGAUAGAGCAUGGCGUUUGCAACACCAGGGUUGUGGGUUCGAUUCCCACGGGGGGGCAAGUAUAAAAAAAAAUAUAUAUGUAUUCACUAACUGUAAGUCGCUCUGGAUAAGAGCGUCUGCUAAAUGACUAAAAUGUAAAUGUAAAAGACACCUGGGAGCCAGAAAUCUUUCUGAUUGAGAGGGGGUCAAAUACUUAUUUCCCUCAUUAAAAUGCAAAUCAAUUUAUAACAUUUUUGACAUGCGUUUUUCUAGAUUUUGUUGUUGUUAUUCUGUCUCUCACUGUUCAAAUAAACCUACCUUUAAAAUUAUAGACUGAUCAUUUCUUUGUCAGUGGGCAAACGUACAAAAUCAGCAGGGGAUCAAAUACUUUUUUCCCUCACUGUAUGUGUAAAAGUAUGUUUCAGUUUAUUUAAUUGAGAUUUAGUUUAACAAGCACUUUUUGUUCCACAUUUUGAGAGCAUUAAUGAUUGGCAUGUGUGUCAGCAUCUGGGAUUGUAGUGGAUUUGGAGUGUAUGUUGACACAUACAUCUGUAGCCUACUUUGUGACAGUAACAUCAGUCUUGUGCACAGUACGUUUAUGCUCCUUGCUGAUGGUCCAAUGCCUGUAACUGAGUUGACACUGAUCCCAAACCUGUCUUUAAACCCUCUUCCUCUUCUCUGGCGGUGUGUAGGAGCAAAUCAAUGACAGACCUUGCGGUGGACCUGAAGCAGGUGCGCUACGAGGAGCUACAGAAGAUCAGAGAGCAGGUCAAGGAGAAUGAGGACCAGUGGCAGGAUGUGAGUACAUGAACCUGCAACCACCACAGUUCAGUAGGCAUACUGUGACAAAACAUCUUGAAACGCUAAAUGAAAAUUAGCGUUUGUAAUUGGAUCAGGUAGACUUGGGGUGUAUUCACUAAGAACCAAAUGGAAGCAAACAGGACGAAACUGGUAAGGACCUACCAGAAUUUGUCCAAUAGAAACUGAAAGAUUAUUGGAAUCUGUGUGGGUAGCUGGACAGGUAGGAUGACUGACAAUAGUGAAGGUGAACAGGUGGUCACGGGUCAGGAGACUGAGGCAGGAAUUCCUUUAACCACAAAGUGGUAUAUUUACUGGGUAGUUUGUCUGUGCUACAUAACAAAGGAAACAGAAUAACAUGUAUCCAAUCAAAUUCAUAAUCACAAAAGUCAAAUCAUAACAAUCAUUCUCAUUAUUAACAUAAUGAGGUAAUUCAGCAAUUCAUUUCAGUAGGAAUUCAAUAUGAAGCAUGAUUGAGUCCUUUAGGAUCAUAACCAUUCAUCAUAAUCAUGAGAAUGAUAAUGCAAAUAAAUCGAUCAGUUAUCAAUUAUUCAAUCUAUAAUCUCAAUACGUUUGAUGUCAGGAUUGAUCAAUUUAGAAAAUAAUAAUAAAGUUUCCUAUUUCAUUCUUCCAGGAUUGUCUUCAUAUUUACAUGUUAUUUUGUGACAUUUUAACCAUAUAUCAAUGGCAUAAUUGGCAUGUGAUGAUCUGUAAGGCCGUGAUCAUUGUCCAUUGACAUAACACAAUGGGUUUGAAGCGUGUGCACCAAGCCACACUCCGCAGUAAUAACUAGAAACAAUAACUGAUGGCCCGCUCUCCCGCUCUCCUGAUCGCAACAGAUAAUUCAGAUGAAAGAUAACAGAUUCGGUGGAUUUACGUUGAUUCGUGGAUGCACAAAAUGUCUGGAUUAGACGGAGUUGGGGAAGAGAAAGCAGCUAGGUCGGGCGGUGGUGAUUUCCUCCUUUUAAUGAGUUGAGAUCUGUCAGACAUUUUCACCUGACCGAAUUAAAGCACUCUGGCCCAGCUGCGCAAUUGGCCAUGAAUUAAAGGGUGAUUCCACCAACUCCAUAGGCCUUUUCUACAGCCACCCCGGAAAUUUGUAAAAUUCCAUACUCCUCACAAGGCUCAUCGCUCCACGUCCUCUGUCAACUCAGGGAGAGGAAUUAGUCAGGCAACUGGCCGGAUAUAUGUCCGGUUCUUUACCUUGAUCUCCACUGAUCUAACACGACCGUCGGUCCCAGGCAUGGUCUUGGUGAUAUGGCCCACCGGCCAGGAGGCUCGAGGCAGUUGAGGGUCCAUUAUUAUUACUACUUGGCCAGUGUCCAGGCUGGCCGUUUCUCUCCGCCAUUUCCCUCUGUGCUGUAGGGUUGGUAGGUAAUCCCAGAAUGAAUCGGGCCCAGAAAUGGUCAGCCAAGAUCUGGCUGUGCCGCCACCGGCGUCUGCCAACGAGGUUGGUAUCAGCAUACAUGGCUUGAGGAAGUGAGGCGUCUUGGCGCCCCAUCAAGAGCAGAUUCGGUGUGACAGAUUUGAGCUCUCGUGCCUCCAAACUGAGGAGCUCUUGGAGGAUUGAAUUUGAAGUAGAUUUGUUGGUCCAUCAGUUGAUCCUGGAGGGUUGGUUCCAUUGCUUGGAAGGCUUCCUCCAACCUGGCUUAUCCUGCCUUGAGGUUUGUACCCCUGUCAGCCAGGAUCUCGUAUGGAUUCCCCCGUCGGGAGAUAAACUGCCGUAGGGCCAUGAGGAAGAAUUCAGUGUCCAAACUCUCCAGUAGGUCCAGGUGGACGCAUCUAGUUGUCAAACACUUGAAAAUAAUGCCCAAGCGCUUCUCCACUCGACGACCUAGAUUGACCGUAAAGGGCCCAAAGCAAUCUGCUCCUGUUGACCAGAAGCGGGGUUUGAGGAGGUGCACGCGAGCAGGGGGCAAAUCUGCCAUUUUGAGCACAGUUGCUCUGGCCCACCAUCUCUGACAUUCCAUGCAGGCGUAUUGGUGCUUGUGAAUGGCUCCUUGUCCUCCAAGUAUCCAGUACUUCCGCCUCAUCUCCCCAUAGACUCUCUCUGGCCCUGGGUGGAGAAGCCUCUCAUCAUAACUCUUGAUGAGGAGGCUGGUGAGAGGGUGUCUGGAGUCAAGGAUAAUUCGAUGGAUAGCAUCGGUAUCCAAGACUUCUGCUUGGCGCAGCCUCCCUCCAACUCUGAUCACUCCAAGUAUUUGGAGAGAGAGAAGACGGCUGUCCUAUGUUUGGCAGCGGUGUUGAUCAGAAAACAUUCACUUUUCUGAAUGUUCAAUUUGUAACCUGAGAAUGAUCUAAAUGUGUUUAAAAUAUGCGUUAUGUUAUCGACAUAGUUCACAGGGUUAGUUAUAUAUAAUAGUAAAUCAUCUGCAUACAGUGACACUUUGUGUUCUUCACCAGCUCGGUGGAUUCCAGUGAAUCAUGAUGAUAAUUUUAAGGCCAAGGAAAGUGGUUCUAUCGCAAGUGCAAAAAGGAGCGGAGACAUAGGACACCCUUGACGGGUCCCUCUGGAGAGGGGGAAGUAUUUUGAGUGUUGAGAGUUGGUGUGUACGGUAGCCGUAGGAGCAGAAUAGAGCAGACGUAUCCAUGAGAUGAAAUUGGACCCAAAACCAAAUCUUCACCAAAUCUUAAAUAAAUAAUCCCACUCAACCAGGUUGAAACCCUUUUUGGGGGGUUUGUAUCAUUUGAUUUACACAACAUGCCUACCACUUUGAAGAUGCAAAAUAUUUUUUAUUGUGAAACAAACAAAAAUAAGACAAAAAAACAGAACUAUAUUUCUGGCCACUCUUCCGUAAAACCCAGCUCUGUGGAGUGUACGGAUUAAAGUGGUCUUAUGGACAGAUACUCCAAUCUCCACUGUGGAGCUUUGCAGCUCCUUCAGGGUUAUCUUUGGUCUCUUUGUUGCCUCUCUGAUUAAUGCCCUCCUUGCCUGGUCCAUGAGUGUUGGUGGGCGGCCCUCUCUUGCCAGGUUUGUUGUGGUGCAAUAUUCUUUCCAUUCUUUAAUAAUGGAUUUAAUGGUGCUCCGUGGGAUGUUCUGAUGUUUUUUUAUAACACAGCCCUGAUCUGUACUUCUCCACAACUUUGUCCCUGACCUAUUUGGAGAGCUCCUUGGUCUUCAUGGUGCCGCUUGCUUGGUGGUGCCCCUUGCUUAGUGGUGUUGUAGACUCUGGGGCCUUUCAGAACAGGUGUAUAUAUACUGAGAUCAUGUGACACUUAGAUUGCACACAGGUGGACUUUAUUUAACUAAUUAUGUGACUUCUUAAGGUAAUUGGUUGCACCAGAUCUUAUUUAGGGGCUUCAUAGCAAAGGGGGUGAAUACAUAUGCACGCACCACUUCUCCAUUAUUUAUUUUUUUGAAUCUUUUGAAACAAGUUAUUUUUUUUCAUUUCACUUCACCAAUUUGGACAAUUUUGUGUUUGUCCAUUUCAUGAAAUCUAAAUAAAAAUCAAUUUAAAUUACAGGUUGUAAUGCAACAAAAUAGGAAAAACGCCAAGGGGGAUGAAUACUUUUGCAAGGCACUGUAUGACAUGCUGAAGGCAGGGUUCCAACCGGCAUGUUAGAACCUUAGCUAAUAGUUUAACAUCAGUGUUCAAAAGUGAAAUGGGCCGAUAUCCACCACAUUCUGCCAGAUCUUUAUCUUUCUUGAGUGUAAGUGAGAUGAAGGCUUGAUUUAGCGUUGGGGGGAGACAGCCCUGUGAUAACGAGUCAGUGAACAUAUUUAAUAAUAAUGGGGCGAGUUGAUCUGAGAAUUGUUAAUACAAAUCGACGGGGCAGCCAUCAGGGCCUGGGGCCUUGCCACUUUGCAUUAACUUUAGACCCUUUGUUAUCUCAUCUAGAUGCAAGGGUUGUCCAGAACUUUACUCAUGUCCAAGUUAUCUAAAAUGUUGUCCAUAGCCGUAUUAUCUGAUGGGGGUUCAGAUUUGUAGAGGAUAGAAUAAAAUGACACAAAAGUUGAAUUAAUAUUAGAGGGAUCACUUGUAAGAGUCAUAUACCUGAGAGAUAAGAUGAGAUGCUAACUGGAGAUGCUGACUGUGGAACUUUACCCCUACCUACAUGUCUAAAUUAUGUCGACUAACCUGUACCCCCGCACAUUGACUUGUUACCGGUACCCCCUGUAUAUAGCCUCUGUAUUGUUAUUUUAUUGUGUUACUUUUUAUUUAAUUUUUUACUUUAUUUUAUUUAGUAAAUAUAUUCUUAACUCUAUUUCUUGAACUGCAUUGUUGGUUAAGGGCUUGUAAGUAAGCAAUUUGCGGUAAGGUGACAAAUACAAUUUGAUUUGAAGUUGGUGUGCCAAAAGGCGGCUGGCCAUGUCACCAUAUUCGUAGUACGUCCCCUUUGUUCAUUGCAACAGAAACUCUGCUUUAUCAGUGGAAAGCAGAUUAAAUUGAGUUUUAAGUUUCAGCCUCUCUGCGUAUAAUUCAGGGGAUGGUGAAGUUGAAUAUUGGUGGUCUAUUGACAGCACUGAGUCCACCAGUUCUUGACGUUUCAGUUUUCUUUGUUUGACAAAAAUGAGCUUUGUAAGAAAUUAUCUUUCCCCGUAAUACAGCUUUGAAAGUCUCCCAAAGAAGAGAGGGGGAGGUGUCGUCAUUUUUAUUUGUUUGAAUGAAUACGUCUAUGUUGGUUGAAAUAAAGUCACAGAAUUCUUUGUUAGACAAUAGGGCCGUGUUAAAUCUCCAAUUCAACAGUUUUUUUGCGCUCGGAGUAAGAGCUAAAUCCAGAAUGUGGGGGGAAUGGUCCCAAAUUACUAUAGCAGAAUAUUAUGUAGUUUUAACUGAGGGGAGAAGGGCUCUAUCUAAAAUAAAAUAAAUGUAGUCUAUGCGCGAGUAGUCUUGAUGAACAUUAAGUAAAGUAGGAGAAGUCCUUUGUGACCGGGUGGAGGAAGCGCCAUGGAUCAACACAACCCAUUUGGGUCAUGAAUGUAGAAAGAGCUUUUGCCAUCCCAGAAGGAGUAAGUGUUCAAGUGUUCAAUAACACAGUUAAGGUCCCCGCCGAAGACAAGGCGGUGGGUGUCAAGAUUAGGGAGAGAGGCUAAAAGAGAUGUCAUGAAUCUAGUGUCAUCCCAGUUAGGGGUGUAAACAUUCUCAAGUACUACAGGGGUCUGGAAGAGGGGGCCACUAACUAUUGUAUAACUUCUUACAGGAUCUGAAAUAAUCUGUGGGGGUGAAAACUGUACUCGUUUGUGAAUCACUAUUGCUGUUCCCCUGACUUUGCCAUUAAAAUAAGAAUGAAAAACCUGUCCAACCCAUGCUUUACGCAAUCUAGUAUGGUCAUUAACACGUACGGAACUAGGCCUGUUUAAUUAUCACAGAUUAAACAGUCAUCGAACAUGUCAAUAUAUAAGCCAUGGUUAUUGUAUCCUUGUCUAAAAUGUGUACACUCAAGUCAAAGCCAUCCCAGCUGUCUACAGGUAACAACAUACUGUAUGAUAGAUCAGUCUAGUUAGUAUUUGAAAUGGGGAGAAUGGAAAUCUGAAGAGAACAGGUAUUCUGGCCCAGUGUGUGCCUGUGGGUACAGGUGAAAGGAGAGCUUGUUUUGUAAAGGUACAGAGAGAAAGAGAAAGAGUGAAGAGAGUGCACAGAAAAAGAGAGAGAGAAGAAAAAGAGGGGCAGGAUGCAAAAGUUAGGUCAUUUCACAAUGUUUCACCAUGUCCAACUCAGUUCAUGUAAUUAUUCCACGAAAUAUGAGUGAGUAUGGUAAAGGCCUCAUUCUUACCUGUUACUGUAACCAGUUACAGUGCUAUAUGUCUAUCAGUGGUGUGAUAACAUAGUGCAGCAGUAUAGUAUGGUGUCUUGGUGUCUUAGCACAGAUUUAGGUCAUUCAUGGGCCCCAAUACACACGGGACGUGAGGCGGGAGGAGCUAAACUGACACAAAUAGGAUACCUUCGAAUCUAGUCCUCUCUCUCUCUCUCUCUCUCUCUCUCUCUCUCUCUCUCUCACUGUCUCUCUCACUGUCUCUGUCCUCUACUAUGCGGCUAACCACUUUCACAUUAUCCACCCUCGACAUCCGUUAGGGGAUUUAACUGUUACAUGAGUUUUUCCAAGAUGCACGUUUCUAAGGAGGUCUCUGACUUGUGUUUCGUCUCCGCAGGACCUCACCAAGUGGAAGAACCGUCGCAAGAGCUUCAACUCUGAUAUUGUGAAGAAGAAAGAGGAGAGGGAGCGGAGCACAGCGAGCACCGGAGGAGGGAGCGGCGGUUUACAGAGGUCCAAUUGGAGGUAAUAGAGUGACACCUGAGCACAGGUAGACACCAGGGCUAAUGAUUUAAUGCGGGCAGUCAACGGAAAACAAUUUGCAAGGGAAAAUUAUAAUGAGGGUUUCUUACUGGACAUGUCCUGUUGAUCCCUCCAUGUCCACCUAGUCCCUGCCUGUUCUUCCGUUUGGUGCCUAAUGAAGAUGACAGUGGGGAUAGGUAGAUACUGCACCUGGGUUGAGUACAUACAGGUCUGGGCAUUAAACUGUUACUUUUUGAAUGCCUGUGCUGCAGCAAAGUACAUUGUUAAUGUGGCAAUUGCCAAGUUUAUUAGCAAUCAUCUAACAAUAACCUAUAUAAUGAAAUGUGUUCAUGAAAUAUGCCCUGACUGAAUGUAAGACUUAAAAAAGGAAUCAAGCCCAACAGUCUUGCUGCAGUGCAAAUUAUUGUUGAAAGUAAUGUAUCUGCUGGACUAGACACCCUCAAGUACAAAUCCUGCCUGUGUUCUUUUUUUUAUUUUUUAUUUUUUAUUAUUAUAUUAUUUUUUUUUUGGGGUAGAUCAGCUUAAUAUUGCAGAUAGAUUGUAACUUCCAUCAAUGUAAUUGUCUGCAUCACUUCCAAUCCCCCAUGUUUUUCAUAUAUAUACUCCCCUUUAUUCCUUUUCAACUCCGCCAUCCUUUCCCUACUUGGGGUAAAUUAGUGAACAACAAUGCCCAGGCCUCUACUUCCAGCCUAUACUUACUAUCUACACCUUAUGGACACAGUCAAUUUUACAAUAAUUCUAUUUUAUUCGUUUUUGCUCCUGAACUUCUACUACUCUCAACCUCUCCGAUCAUUUUCAUGAUUUCCAUCCGGUUUGCUUCUAUAUGCCAUAUCUUUCUAACUGUGCUCUUUCCCAAAAGCUCCCAACAUACAACCUACAUACUUAUUAUGGACACAGUAUGCCUGUGUUCUUGUUACUAUGUUCUCUAUAUUCUAUACAGUUACCAAAGGGCAUUUGGGCUAGCCAUGCUCCUACAAGGUAUACAUCAUUAUUUUUGUACAGACAAUUAGAAACAUGUAAUCCUUUAUUGGUUGUAGAUGUUUUACCCUGUUUUAAGUAUUUUGUCAUCAGAAUUCUCAUCAGUGUUUUUAGAUGUGUUUUCACUCUCACUCAAAGCUGUCCUGUUACUGUAUAUGUACUGACUGCACCAACAAACCGCUGUCGAUGACGACGCAGAGACAAAUACAGGGCCAUACAAACGUUUGUGUUGUUAACAGACUUUUGUGGAGACUUUUGCCCUGAGAGAAAGUGACCUGAGACUGUGUUAAUGAAUGAACAGAAAUUGUCUCUCUGCAAAGUGUUGUGUGAAAGUGUAAUCUAAUUGUGGCUUAGAUCCUGCCUCACCAAUUUUUUUGUUCUUUCAAACUUCUCUUUCCCUCCUCCCUUUCACCAUUUCUCAAUCCUUUUAUCCCCCUUUUUCCUCUGUUCUCCCAUCCUCCCUUGCCUCUUCGCCUCCUUUCCUCGGCUCCUUUCGCUCUUUCACCCAUCCUAUCUUCCUUUUACCCUGUCUCUCUCUCUCUCUCUCUCUCUCUCUCUCUCUCUCUCUCUCUCUCUCUCUCUCUCUUACCUUACACAUUUUAAUCCCUUUCCCCUCUCUCUUUCACCUCCCUUCCCUCUCUCCCCUCUCUCUCCCUCCCUCCCACUAUUCCCUCUCUACUUCACCACCCUCCCUCUCUUCUCCAUCCCCACAGCUCCAUCGGCAGUCGCCUCAACUCCCUCGCCUCCCUGGACCAGGACGUGUUUGAAGACUCCGCCCCGGUCCGCCGCACCUUCCCCCCGAGGAGCUACACCAUCGAUAACCCCUACCCCUACACCACUGUUGACCGCCUCAGCACCACUAGCUCCUCCGUGCCCCCCCCAAAGGAGGAGGCCCCCGCUGCCACCACGGCAACCAACAGGGCUGGCUCGCCAUCUAGGGGCAACAUGAGUGACAGUAGCGACAGUAGCGACAGUCCCUCCGGUUCUGUUAGCGACAUCACCAACAACACUACCACGGUCGGUCGUACCUCCAACUACAACCCCUACGUUCCAGCCCCGACUCCCUCGGAGAAAGCCCCAAGCCCGGCCUCGCGGUAUACCAGUACAGCCAAGAUGGAGGAGACCUUAAGCACCACCACCACCACCACCCCCAGCUUCCUACCCAAAGCGCCCGAGCCCAGUCGACCAUGGGUAGGCAAGGUGUCUGAAGAAGUGACCCCCUCCACUGGUGGUGGCUCUCCAUACAAACAACAACCACAGUACAACUCGGUGGUGAUGGACCCAAAGCCCAUGCCUCCCGGUGUGUCUCGGGUUUCUGCCUCUCUCCCCAGGAGCUACAUGAGAUCGGAUAGCGCUCGGCUCACCUCUGUCGUCACUCCACGGCCCUUCGGGAGCCAGUCCACACGCGUCGCAUCACUGCCCUGCGCCUACACCGUGAGUACCAUAGUAUACAGUAAUAUUUCCACAUGUCCAGUUCUGUCUGUGUGUAUAGUUGUUUGUUACCUCAGGACUGCUUUCUGCAGAAACUGCUUUUUAGGACAUCUACUGUAGACUAGAGGAUUUGGGUGAGGUACUUCAAUGGCUAAAUCCAGAUAAUCGUGACCUGUUUCAGUCCAUUUUCCUCUAUUUGGUGCAUAAUGAACAGGACCUAAGACUGUAGGAAUGUUGUGUUGUGUCGGUUGCAGUGCAGUCUAUUUCCAGUGUAGUUUGAGUGAUUGUUUGAGUGUUAGUAAUUUCGGAAACCCAGAACAUAAAGUCAGAUGCUCGAUUAGGUUCUAGGGGGAGAUGGAUGAUAAAAGAUAUCAAUGAGACCAGUCUCCACUCCCCCUAAAUAGAAACACUCAGCCAAAGCAUGGGCCAAUUGUCCCCUCCCCGUCCGAAAUUCGAAACAUGCAAACACCUGCGAAAUCAUGAUUUGUCCAAAUGAUCAGUGACGAAGAAAUCUGCGCACUGGAACAAAGUUCCGCAUUAGUCUUCGCAUCCCACAGUCGGUUGACAGACGCUAUGAUACCAUCUUAUAUUACGCGCGUCUGUCCACGAGCUAAUAAGUUGUGUCAGGAACUUCAUACAACUACAUAGGAACUAUCAUCCCUAUGGUGAAGCAUGGUGGUGGCAGCAUCCUGCUGUGGAGAUGAUUUUCAACGGCAGGGACUGGGAGACUAGUCAUCGAGGGAAAGAUGAACGGAGCAAAGUACAGAGAGAUCCUUGAUGAAAACCUGCUCCAGAGCGCUCAGGACCUCAGACUGGGGCGAAGGUUCCCCUUCCAACAGGACAAUUUGCUAAAAUAAAAAAAAUAACUGUUUUAACCCCAUGUCAUUAUGGGGUAUUGUAUGUAGAUUGAUGAGGGGGGAAAAAAACAAUUUAAUCCAUUUUAGAAUAAGGCUAAAUGUGGAUAAAGUGAAGGGGUCUGAAUACUUUCCGAAUGCACUGUAGGCUCCUCAGAUGGGUGUCUCUCAGAAACGUGUGAACGGAGAGACGGAUGUCACCAAGAAGCCGUUGGCCCCCAGCCGCUAUAGCCAGGUCAUGACCUCUGAGGACGAGGCGCGCUCCCUCUCCAGCUCCGCCCACAGCAGUGGAGGAGAGGAAGAGGAAGAAGAAGAGGAGAGGGAAAGGGGUGCGACCCCCACACUUGCCCCUACCCUGGCCCCUUCUCAGGCCAGGAUUCCUUCCCCCGCCCUCCAGACCCCAAAAGUGACCUCCCCAGCCCCAGUCAGUCCGUUAUCUGCAAAAGACACAAACCAGGUAGGUUUAGAUUUUGGUUAUUCGGCAGAUUAUACUUUUUCAGUGCAAAUUUGCAGUAGUCCAGAGCUGAAGCCAAAAAUAGCAUAUAGAAAUAAGGACAUCAAAUGUAAAACCAAUUUGUUAAAGAAAUGUUGGAAUGGAAGUAGCAGGCACAGUGCUGGAACGAGUGAGUGAGUGAGAAAGCGAGUACGAUGUGCACUGGAUACUGUAGUGUCAUUGUGCAUACUAUUCUAUGCAGCUAGUGCUACAUUCAGUUGGAGAUACAGUAGGAGCGAUGCUUGUCAUUGUCAGACAGCAAUUAAUAAUUCAUAGUGAAGAACAAAUGUUAUCCUUUCCCUGGCUUUGGAACACAACCUGGAUUUCUGUGUGUGUGUGUGUGUGUGUGUGUUGUGUAGGAGAGCUACGCUGACAUGCGGAUUAGUCUCAACCAGAAGCCCAACAGCAGCAGAGACUUUGGUUUCCAGACAGAGUGGGACUCCACCGGAGCACACAUCACCUCCAUCCAACCAGGUAAACACAUACACACACAUUUAGCACAAAACACACACAUUUAGCAUGGUUAACACAAACAAAGAGUAACAACUGUCAAGGCCAAACACUGAACAAACUGUCUGAUUGUAAACCAGGCCACCGUACAUACAGCAUGGUGGAGAAUAGUGAAGGGGGAAUGGGCACAGAGUAAUGGCAAUUAAUGGAACGGUAUAAAACAUUUGGUACCGUUCCAGUCCAGCCUUAACAAUGAGCGCAUCCUUCGAUUUAAAGUGACACCAGCCUCCACUGGCACAGCAGUCUCAUCUCUCAUCUCAGUGAGAAAGUUUUAAAAGGUUGUUUAUUUAAGCAAUGGACAAUGUGUGAGACACUGGGAAUAAAACUGCCCUUCGACAUUAUCAUUUUUCAAAAUAACUUUAGUUAAGUAAACUAUAUUUUUCUUAAGGGUAGAUUUUGUGUAGCUUAACUUCUUCCAGUGGGAAGUAAUUGGUGGCUUGGUAAACUAUAUUACAUUAAAACAUAAAAAAAAAAAAAAUACGAGUUAUAUAUAGGAAAGACACCAAGACACAACAAAAAAUACUAUGUACACACUAUUUAUAUAUACGUAUUCAUAUUCUUACAGUACAGUUCAAUUAGAUCUUUAGAAAGAGGAGAGGCGCUGUCAUACAGUAUGUUUUUUAAAUCUGUUUUUUUAAGCUAAACUUGCUUUUUACCUGAGUGACCUCUGGUGGUAGUGCAUUCCACGAUGACAUGGCUCUACACAUAACUGAGCUACACAUUCAAUCUGUUUUUGGUUUGGGUACCGUGAAGAAACCCAUAGUGGCGUGUCUGGUGGGGUAUGUAUGUCUGUUUGAAGUGUGUGCAAAUACAUUAUACAAGUGGUUAUGCAUUUUCAACACACAAAUGUUUCUAGAAGAGACUGACUAGAAGAAUGAUGACUAGAAGAGAAGUAGUCAGUAGCAGAUCAUGUGCCCGGCAUUAUGUAGGGCAGCCUCUAUCUAGGUCAGAUCUGCUGGGCUUGUCUCUCUCUAGCCUACACUGUAUGUGCUAGGGGAGUACUUGGCACCCGUUGUCAUUCCACCCCUGACUGCAGAUGAGGGAAGGAGACAAGAAGCGGAAGCCACAUUAAAUCAUUGAGAUGUUUUAUUGCAAUCACUGCCUUCUCUUUAUUGUGGCAGUUUCAUUUGAUCUUGACCUCUCUACAUCACUACUGUGACACCUGUCUUGCCCACUCUUUAACUCACCCCAGUGCCCUCUCUACCCUCUCUAUCUGAGCCCCGGUUCCCUCUCUACAUAUCUAUCUCACCCCCUGUGCCCUCUAAAAUCUCUAUGUCUGACCCCUGUUCCUUCCUUCUGUUCCUUCUUUACCCUCUCUAUAUCUGACCUCGCUGCCCCUCUCUGUGCCCCCCAGGCAGCCCAGCGGAGCUGUGCCAACUGCAGGUGGGCGACGAGGUGCUGUCUGUGAGUGGGCAAAGGGUGGCAGAGAUGAGCUACGGCAAGUGGAAGAGCAGCACAGAGCAGGCUCUGCAGCAGGGCAGCCUCACCAUGGACAUACGCCGCCACGGCAGUAACAGUGAGUAGACGGAGAGAGAGAGAGAGAGAGAGAGAGAGAGAGAGAGAGAGAGAGAGAGAGAGAGAGAGAGAGAGAGAGAGAGAGAGAGAGAGAGAGAGAGAGAGAGAGAGAGAGAGAGAGAGAGAGAGAGAGAGAGAGAGAGAGAGAGAGAGAGAGAGAAACACAACCAAAACAAACAGCAAAUGCAUCCAAUAAAUGUAUAUAGUCACAAGCUUGAUGUAGUUAUUACGUGUUAUGAAUAUGGUACCAAAUACUUAACCUUGUACUAAUUUAAUACACAUAUAAGUGGAUUUGUCCCAAUACUUUUGGUCCCCUAAAAUGGGGAGACUAUGUACAGAAAGUGCUGUAAUGUCUAAACAGUUCACCCGAUAUGGAUGAAAAUACCAUCAACUCAAAGCUGACAGUCUGCACUUCACAGUUAUUGAAACAUUUUAAAUCCAAAGUGCUGGAGUACAGAGCCAAAACAAAAUCUCACUGUCCCAGUACUUUUGGAGCUCACUGUAUGUUUUCACCAACAGGUUUACACAUCCUACUAUAUCACGAUUAUACCACCUAAACAUCAGUCAGUAUAUUGAUUUGUGUGAUCUGUUGAAUGUGCAAUGCAUAUCAAAAUAGACGCAUUUGCAGGAGAGCGUGUAAACCUGUUGGUAAAGCUAGGGGUUUGUAGAUUGUGCAUGGGUGCGGAAGGUGGUUUCUCUGUUUUCCCCACUGUUCUUUAGAAUAACACCUUAACAGCAACCUUAUGUUCCCUUCCAAGCGGUAGCGUAAAUACUUUGUGUACUAUAGUUGUAUAGUAGUACCUUUAAAGUACUAGUACCUUUCCCAAUGCUUUCACACACACACUAUCUCUUACACACAUACACAUACAUUUGAUGUCGGAAGUUUACAUUCACUUAGGUUGGAUUCAUUAAAACUCGAUUUUCAACCACAAAACUAUAGUUUUGGCAAGUCGGUUAGGACAUCUACUUUGUGCAUGACACAAGUAAUUUUCCCAACAAUUGUUUACAGACAGAUUAUUUCACUUAUAAUUCACUGUAUCACAAUUCCAGUGGGUCAGAAAUUUACAAACACUAAGUUGACUGUGCCUUUUAACAGCUUGGAAAAUUCCAGAAAAUGAUGUCAUGGCUUUAGAAGCUUCUGAUAGGCUAAUUGACAUCAUUUGAGUCAAUUGGAGGUGUACCUGUGGAUGUAUUUCAAGGCCUACCUUCAAACUCAGUGCCUCUUUGCUUGACAUCAUGGGAAAAUCAAAAGAAAUCAGCCAAGACCUCAGAAAAUAUAUUGUAGACCUCCACAAGUCUGGUUCAUCCUUAGGAGCAAUUUCCAAAUGCCUGAAGGUACCACGUUCAUCUGUACAAACAAUAGUACACAAGUAUAAACACCAUGGGACCACGCAGCCGUCAUACCGCUUAGGAAGGAGAUGCAUUCUGUCUCCUAGAGAUGAACGUACUUUGGUGCGAAAAGUGCAAAUCAAUCCCAGAACAACAGCAAAGGACCUUGUGAAGAUGCUGGAGGAAACAGGUGCAAAAGUAUCUAUAUCCACAGUAAAACAAGUCCUAUAUCGACAUAACCUGAAAGGCCGCUCAGCAUGGAAGAAGACACUGCUCCAAAACCGCCAUAGAAAAGCCAGACUACGGUUUGCAACUGCACAUGGGGACAAAGAUUGUACUUUUUGGAGAAAUGUCCUCUGGUCUGAUGAAACAAAAAUAGAACUGUUUGGCCAUAAUGACCAUCGUUACAUUUGGAGGGAAAAGGGGGUAGCUUGCAAGCCGAAGAACACCAUCCCAACCGUGAAGCACGGGGGUGGCAGCAUCAUGCUGUGGGGGUGCUUUGCUGCAGGAGGGACUGGUGCACUUCACAAAACAGAUGGCAUCAUGAGGAAGGAAAAUUAUGUGGAUAUAUUGAAGCAACAUCUCAAGACAUCAGUCAGGAAGUUAAAGCUUGGUCACAAAUGGGUCUUCCAAAUGGACAAUGACCCCAAGCAUACUUCCAAAGUUGUGGCAAAAUGGCUUAAGGACAACAAAGUCAAGGUAUUGGAGUGGCCAUCACAAAGCCCUGACCUCAAUCCUAUAGAACAUUUGUGGGCAGAACUGAAAAAGCGUGUGCGAGCAAGGAGGCCUACAUACCUGACUCAGUUACACCAGCUCUGUCAGGAGGAAUGGGCCAAAAUUCACCCAACUUAUUGUGGGAAGCUUGUGGAAGGCUACCCGAAACGUUUGACCCAAGUUAAACCAUUUAAAACAAUGCUACCAAAUACUAAUUGAGUGUAUGUAAACUUCUGACCCACUGGGACUGUGUUGAAAUAAAUAAAAGCUUAAAUAAAUUAUUCCCUCUACUAUUAUUCUGACAUUUCACAUUCUUAAAAUAAAGUGGUGAUCCUAACUGACCUAAGACAGGGAAUGUUUACUUGGAUUAAAUGUCAGAAAUUGUGAAAAAUUGAGUUUAAAUGUAUUUGGCUAAGGUGUAUGUAAACUUACGACUUCAACUUUAUAUACUAUCUUUCUCUUUCUCUCUCUCACACACACACAUUAUAUCUUUAUUUUGCUCUAUUGUUCUCUCUCUAUCUCUCUCUCUCUCACACACACACACACCCACGCACACACACACACACACACACACACACACACACACACAAACACACACACAUAAACACACACACCCCUUUGUAUCUUUGCCAUUGCCACAUGUCUGCAACGUUCAGACUGGGACAGAGACCUACCUUCCCUGCCAUUUAAAAGCCAUAAGACCAUCAAUCUGACCAGUAUGGAUCAUCAUCCAACACUUAUAGGUUCCCCCGACACAACCACCGUUAACGCCGUUAACGCAACCACCAGCUUGGAUUUCACCUCUCGGGGAUCCAUGGAAACCACCAAGGAGGUCACUACCCAACCAAUAAUUGUGAGUUUUACACGAAGACCUCAUGGUGUUGAUAGGGUUCAAAUGUUUCUUUUCGUGUUACUCACAAAUACCCAAAUAAAACAUGAUCCAUCACAAAGUUGCAAACAUGUUGUGACAAGGUUGGUAAGGACAUUAAUAUUUAUAUAUAGAAAAAACUUGUGAUUUUUGUUUGUUGCAUGGUCAUAUUGAAUCUAUAUUAAUACAGUGUAUUGGUAAAACCCCAGACAGUUCUCAACAGGCUUUUACUUCAUCUUGUUGCAGGAUGUGGCAUCCAAUGGAGAGAAUGGAGGUUUCCGUGACGAGACAGUGACCAUGAGAAACAAAGGUAAAGAGCAUAGAGCAGAGAUACUAACCAGAGCGGUUAUGACUAGCCUUUAUUAACAGGAACGAGUUUGAGAAAGCAAUGUUCUCUCUUUGGGACUGUAUGUGUUUUUGGUGGUGAAAUGCUCAUUGCUUAAUUAUGUACUGAUGAUAUGAUGAUGUACUGUUUACUUGUAAUGUAGGAUGUGUUUGUGUGAGCAUUUUGGAAAGACUUGGCCAGACCUCAAGGGUAAUUGUCAUGUUUUCAGUGGUGGAGAAUGGAGCUCUUGAUAGAAGUUACCCACGCCAUGAUAGCAGGGCCGUGCACAGACCUUUCAUAAUUCAUAUCUCUAAAAUAAUAACAUACCAAAUGCCUCUGUAGCGAAAAUGUAAUGACUUUUUUUUAGCAUAGGCCUAUUUCUGCAACAGCUCAUCAUCACAAAUUGUAAGCCAACUAGUUACAGUGCCUCCUAAAUACAUGAUUGACAUCGGGAAAAGAGGGUGGGCAAUCAGCUGAUCAUUGAUGUUGAUGAUAGUUAGCUAUCUCAAUUUAUUUUACUGAUUGUGAUUUACCUCUCUGUCUUUCUGCUGCGUACAUCAGCAAACCAGAAUAUUGAUGAUGAUGUAGGCUAAAUCAAGUGUUAUCAAGUGUUAAUCAAAUGUUAUGCUGCUGUGGCAGUACUCUUGAUAUUGAAACUAGAUAGCUAGCUAGCUAGCUACACCCACUCAACCAGUGACCGCAUCUCUCAAGGCAUGCAUGUUUGGAUACCAGGUGCGUGGAGUCUCCGUACAGGACAGACUGGGGAAAAGGCACAACCGGGCGCACGCGAGCUCCGUACAGGGCAGAUCAACAGGCGCAAUCAACGGACAGGAUGAGGGGUAGCGAACUUGACAAUGACUUGCGGGCAGUGGGUUCCAAACAACAGUGACAAAAUCUGUAUACAAAAAAAGAAUUAUACCACCACCCAAAAGGGCAAUUUGGAGACUGGAAGGGCAAAAGGGCAUGUGCUCUGCACAGGUAGAGCCUUAUCUGUGCACAUGCCUGCAUGAUAGAAGCUAUUACUUCAAUGUUUCUCUCCCACUCUCUUAUGCUCUCUGACCCUGUUCUGAUUUCUCCAUCUCUCAUGUAGAACCCAUAUCCAUGAAAAACUUAAAACGGAGGUCCGAGUUUUUUGAACAAGGUAAAACACCCCUGAUCGAGCCCUGGUGUUGGUGAAGGGUUAUUAUCAAUCGUCUGUGUAACUAUCAGGAGGCUGGGUGCUCUUGGCUUCCAUCUCGUUCUCUCUAUUCCAGUGGUUCUCCUAUGGACCUACCUGGUAUACAGGUUUUUGGCUCAAUUAUGACUUAACCUAAUCAUGAUUAAGGGAAGGUUGAGACAAAAAGUUGAAUACUCAGGAGUUCCCCAGGGAUCCAUGUUGGGCCCGCUGCUUAGAAGCAACUGCUUUUUUCCAUCUGAUCUGGUACUGAGGGAGUGUAACCCCACUGGUCUCUCCUUUCCUCCCAAACCCAGGCUUCUCAGUGCCCAGUGUCAGUGUGCUGGUCUAUGUCUAUGGUAAACAGGGUUGAGUGUGCAGUGAUUCUCCCUGAGACACUGACAUGCCGUCUGAGCUCAAUGAGUCUAGACCAGUGUCUCCCAACCCUCUCCUGUGGGACCAGCAAUAUAUCUACAUUUCUGUUGCAGCUCUGAGCUGACAACUAAUCACAAAGGCCUAGAUUAGUUGAAUCAGGUGCGCUCGUUCAGGGCUAAAACCAAAUUGAGAACCGUCUGAGGAUCCCUCAGGAGAGGCUUGGGAAACACUUGACGAAAAAGUACUGUUUUCACCAACACUUUGAAGCACCAAAGGGUAGACAGCAUGUCAGAAUGCCAUACCAACAUACCAAUCUACUAGACUCCAGAGAAGUGGUCACAAAAUUAAUGUCAGACUGCAUGCAGGUUCUCACUUCUUGCUUGUGUGUUUUUGAUUGCCUGCAUUUUGAGAGCCUGCAUACACAGGAGUAACUGAGAAUCAACAUUAAAGAUGUUCAAUCAUAGGCUGUUCCAGAGCCAUAUAGGAUAGUGAUAUACACUAUACUGUAUAUACAAAAGUAUGUGGACACCCUUCAAAUUAGUGGAUUCGGCUAUUUCAGCCACACCCAUUGCUGACAGGUGUAUAAAAUCGAGCACACAGCCAUGUACUCUCCAUAGACAAACAUUGACAGUAGAAUAGCUUUACUGAAGAGCUCAGUGACUUUCAAUGUGGCACCGUAAUAGGAGGCCACCUUUCCAACAAGUCAGUUUCUGCCGUGCUAGAGUUGCCCCGGUCAACUGUAAGUGCUUUUAUUGUGAAGUGGAAACGUCUAGGAUUAACAACGGCUCAGCCUCGAAAUGGUAGGCCACACAAGCUCACAGAACGGGACCGCCGAGUGCUGAAGCGCUUAGCGCUUGUCUUACGUUGCAACACUCACUACUGAGUUCCAAACUGCCUCUGGAAGCAACGCCAGCACAAUAACUGUUUGUCGGGAGCUUCAUGAAAUGGGUUUCCAUGGCCGAGCAGCCAAACACAAGCCUAAGAUCACCAUGUGCAAUGCCAAGCGUCGGCUGGAGUUGUGUAAAGCUCGCCGCCAUUGGACUCUGGAGCAGUGCAAACGCGUUCUCUGGAGUGAUGAAUCAUGCUUCACCAUCUGGCAGUCCGACGUUCAAAUCUGGGUUUGGCGGAUGCCAGGAGAACACUACCUGCCCGAAUGCAUAGUGCCAACUGUAAGGUUUGGUGCAGGAGGAAUAAUGGGGCUGUUCAUGGUUCGAGCGAGUUAGUUCCAGUGAAGGUAAAUCUUAGCGCUACAGCAUACAAUGACAUUCUAGACGAUUCUGUGCUUCCAACUUUGUGACAACAGUUUGGGGAAGGCCCUUUCCUGUUCAGCAUGACAAUGACCCCGUGCACAAAGCGAGGCCCAUACAGAAAUGGUUUGUCGAGAUCGGCGUGGAAGAACUUGACUGGCCUGCACAAAGCCCUGACCUCAACCCCAUCAAACACCUUUUGGAUGAAUUGGAACGCCGACUGCGAGCCAGGCCUAAUCGCCCAACAUCAGUGCCUGACCUCACUAAUUGUCUUGUGGCUGAAUGGACCAAGUACCCGCAGCAACGUUCCAACAUCUAUUGGAAAGCCUUCCCAAAAGAGUGAAGGCUGUUAUAGCAGCAGGGGGGACCAACUCUAUAUUAAUGCCCAUGAUUUUGGAAUGAGAUGUUCGACGAGCAGGUGUCCAUAUACUUUUGGUCAGGUAGUGUAUAUCUAUGGCCCUGGGCUAUUCACUAAGCCAUAAGCCUAGAAAGUAAUGCUAUCACAAAGUUAACUCAGGUGUCAUAUGCUGUCAGGCAUAUGGUACAGUAUGUUGGUAUGAUGUCCAGGUGUCACACAUUGGCUCCCCUCCUUCUCAACCUUGCAUGCUUUGCUGUGCUGGUGCUCUUGUGUUAUUACUAAUAGCCAAUGCUUCUGCAUGCAUCAACAUAUCAACAUGCAUUUUGGUGACUGGUGCUUAUUUUGACUUUUGUGUUCUAUUCCUGUUUGCAUCUUGUGCAUGUUUGUUGUUAUAUCCGUUUAAAAAUGUUUUUAUUUUAAUGAGAUGUUAAUAAGUUGAAUCUAGUUAGUGUGAUGUACUUUGUAACACACCAACAGUAUGUUGGGACCUACUAUUCAGCAGUCAGGGACUGUUAUUCUGCCCAAAUCAUAGACUCUUUGUGGCAAUAUUGGCAAGACUGUAGUUGAAUUUAAAAUACAUCUUCUUUGCUUCAGGCUUGAUUUAAAAAUCUCUAAUUAUAGCUGAGGGUUUGGUUAAAGUUGAAACACCAUUUAAUAGUUUUAAAAUCUGAACACACACUCAACCUCAGAUAAGAGUUGAGGUUUUAACAAGCCUGUCAGCUUUCUGUCUGUGUGGUAGCCAAUAUUAUUAUUAUAUUAUUAUUAUUAUUAUAUUAUUAUUAUUAUUAUUAUUAUUAUUAGCCUGUGUAGCAUCCAGGUGUGUGAGAUUGAAAUACAUGUAUUAUGUCUAGCCUAGGUGUCAGUCUGUGCGUCUGCUUUAGCAAACUUUUAAUUGUCUUGACAAACAUGGCAAUGAUGUAGUAUUUUAGAAUACAGAAACAAUGCUUCUCAUGGCAGCAUAUACUGAAUGUUGUAUAACACUCUGUAUCACGACUCAGGAUAUGACCCAGAUGCAGACACAGGAGGUGGAUAGUUUGAUUCUCCGAAUAAGGGUCAGGCAAAGGGAAGGUCGAGGGCAGGCAGAGGUUCGUAAUCCUAGGCAUAGUCAAUCAGGGACAGAACAGCAGGCAGGCUAAGGGUCAGAACAGGCAGACUAGAAAACAAAAACUUGAGAACAGGAGAAACGGGAAACACACUGGUAAGACCUGACAAAACAAGACAAACUGGCAACAGACAAACAGAAAACGCAGGUAUAAAUACACAGGGGAUAAUGGGGAAAAAAUAGGAGACACCUGCUGAGGGGCGGAGACAAGCACAAGACAGGUGAAACAGAUCAGGGUGUGACACUGAGAUAUGACUAUAAACAUUAGAUCCAUUUAUUUGAUCAUGUUUAUUCUUUUUCAAGGAGGAUCAGAGUCUGCGAUAUCUGAUGUAAGCAAAUCGAUUUAAUAUUUACCAAAUGUUUACAAGCAAGUGGUUGGGGUUUCAAAUAUGUGUUUAUGUUCUUAGGUUAUUGCAAUGCAUUGACCCAUCAUUGUGUGUGACAUCUUUACUGUGUGGGAUAGUAAUGGUUUAUUUAACUACCACCCCAGGGGCAGGAUCCUGAGCCCCAUUAAACUCCUUGAUUGAAAAUGCUAGCCCCAACCUUUGUGUCAUUGAGUAUUGUAUGAACAAUCUUUGAAAUUGGAUGAUGAUAACUCGAGUGGACUGAAGCAUCUGUGGCUCACUUUGAAAAGGUUGACUGAAGGAAUAACAUACCUAACAGUUCAAGUUCAAGUUUUUACUUUUCAUCUUAGUCAUAGACACUGAAAUACUGUACAUGGGUAUCACGUUAAUAUAUAAACAAUGAAACAUUCAAAUGAAAAACAAGUAAAAUGCAUGACAAUAUGUAUAAGGGUUGGGGAGACUCAAAUAGCUUUGUUGAUUAAGUGUGAUUAAGAUACUGUAAGAGUUACUUGUAUUCAAGCAUUAGAUGGAGAAAAAACUAUGCAGUAAUUAGUGUAUUUGCAGGAUAAGUUUGUUCACCUAUAAAGGAAAUAAUGGCAAUGUCUCUUCUCUGCUCUCCUCUUCCUCUCCUCCAUCAGAUGCCCGUUGCCUCCAUCGCUCCCUCCUCUAACCACUGGUCCUGGGACCCGGAGGAGGAGCGCAGGAGGCAGGAGAAAUGGCAAAAGGAGCAGGAGAGAAUCCUACAGGUAACAGUGUAGUGUGUGUGUGUGGAGGUAGAGAGAUCAAAAUGUGUCCAACCUGACCCCUGCAGAGCAGCUGUAGACCAGAAGCCAAGGCUCGUUAUUCCUCCACUCUGUAUUCCCCGCAGGUCAAACGGCCUAAUUUCUUAAUGAGACAUAGAUUUUCUGCCAAGCUUCUACCAAGGUUCACCUACUCUGGGGAACGUAGUUGGAAUGUAGAGCUUGUUAAAACAAACUGAGCGGUUGGAGGUGAAACUUUGGGAUUGUUUCAGUUUUCAUUCUCAGGUGUUAGGUAUACUUCAGCUAAUCUUGGACGUUAUGUCAUUUGUCUUCCAAUUGCCCUUUUCUUAGGUUUUGGUAGAAUAAAAUGUGGUAUAUUUUUUUAUUUGUCGGGAUAUUAAGGGAUGGCAGUUGUUGAAUGAGUUGAGGCACUUUCCUUGUCUUUAUCAUGAAACCAACACUUUCUAUUUCUAUUGUUUAAGAAGAGUAUACUAUUUUCCUCUUACAUCAAAUUGUGAUUAAAAGUGGUUGUCAGUAGGGGGCCGGUGACCAAAGCUCCUGAGAAACUCUGUAUGUGUGUGUGUGGGUGUGUCCAUACAGUACAGCAACCUGUCUCUCUCUGUGUGCGUGUGUGUGAUCAGGAGAAAUACCGUCGUGACCAGGAGAAGCUGGAGGAGGAGUGGCGUCGGGCCCAGCAGGAGGCUGUGACAGAAGGGGGCAGACACCACCAAGAGGUGAGGAACCAUAACACCAUAGCAAUGUAAUUUUCUGGUUGUAACUCAGGACUUUGGCUUUAACCCUUUACUGUCUGUUCCUCAGGAACCGAGAGGCCUGGAGGUGGACAGCAGAAAUAUCAGCCCCCUCUCCCCCCUACGCAAGCCCACCGCGCCCUGGGAGGACAAGGAAGCGCAAGAGAAGGAAAGGAGGAGGAGGGAAGAGGAGGAGGCACAGCGAAGACAGGAGGAGGAAGAGAGGAGGAGAGUGGAGGAGGAGAGGAGGAGGGAGGAGGAGGAGGAGCGAGAGCAGCUGCGUCUUCAGAAGGAGCGGAAGAGCAGGGAGAAGCAGGAGGAUGAGGAGAGGAGACAGAGGGAAGAGGAGAAGCUGAGAUUGCAGAGGAAGAAGGAGGAGAGGGAGGAAAGUAGGCGCCAGGAGGCUGCGGAACAACAGCACAGGGAGAAAGAGAAAAUGCAGGAGCAGCAGCAGCAGCAAUGGUUAAUAAUAAUAAUAAUGUUUUCUUUAAAGGUUUAGUUCACCCAAAUAACAAAAUGAUGGUUUCCUUACCCUAUAAGCAGUCUAUGGACGAGUUAUGACAGCAAUCCAUGCUUUGGUUUAGUUUCCCUGGCACUGUUUCCAAAUGCUAACAUUUUAACAUUUGUGGCACUAAUCCAAUGCAAGUCGUUGUACCUAUAUUAGCAUUUUUCGCACAUCAUAUCCAAAUUAUCCUAAAGUAUCUAAAAUUGAUUAUGUAGCCGAACAAGGUCACUUAUAGAUAAUGGUCCAGUAUACAUUACAGGAAUUAUUUUUAUUUUCACCCAGUUUUUCAGUGUUGCUUUUUACAAUGAUAAAGAUUUGCAAUAAUGCCGUUUUUCCUCCCCUAUAAUUCCCCCUUCCCAUCCUACCCAGUUCCCUCCCUGAAUUAGAAAUGGUACAUAUCAUUUGUGUGCAGUCUAAAAAUAUUUUUUUUCUGGCAGUGGGAGGAGGAUAAAUUGGCAAAUGUAGAGUUCAAGCUGAGCAGAAUUUGAAUGAGUUAAAUACCCUGGCCUUUCCGAAAAAACCCGUACUUGCGUACCCGUACUUGGGUUGAUGGAUGGAUAAAGAGAGGUUGGGGGGGUGAAGGCAAGGGUUAAGAGAGGUUAAAGAGGUAAAUUGAUGGAUAACAACAGUGAAUAAUAACAGUAGUGUGCUUUCAGCAAGCACACUAAUAAAAAAGAACUAUGCCGGAUAACAGUAGUGGUCUUGCUGAAGCAAGCGCAUGAAUAAAUAAAAUGAUCAAACAGAAACAAAAGACCAUUGUCUUACAUAUACCGUUUUAAACACCAAGGAUUAAAAAGAAAAAGAGAAAAAGAACAAAUAAAAUAAGGCAACGAUAUAAACAAUAUAGCAACUGCAAAAAAAAUUUGAGGAUCUAGUGCCUCUGCCUCAUGUUAGUUACCUCCUUAUACAUCCAAGGUUUUAUUCACAUUUCUUAUAUAUAUUUUAUUCUAGCCCAUCUAUCUUCUAUAGCGCUUUUGUCGUUACAGAAAUAACGUUAAAGUGUUUGUAAGGCUUUAAGAUUUGUGUGUGCUAAAUCUGUGCUUUAAUCUUCAAAUGCUUAUUGUAAACACCAGCUCACUGCAGUAUAUUAAACAUUAACAUUUAGUUUAUUCAUCUUUAAUUGUUGCCUGCUCUAAUGUCUACUUUACAUUGUAUAGUCAACUCUAACCCCCACUAAUGGUCUACUUGUGUUUUGUCUUCUCUGUCUGUGUUUUGUCCUGUCUGUCCGCCUGUCUGUCCAUCUGUUCCUUCUUUCUGUCCCUGUCUGUCUGUCUGUCUGUCUGUCUGUCUGUCUGUCUGUCUGUCUGUCUGUCUGUCUGUCUGUCUGUCUGUCUGUCUGUCUGUCUGUCUGUCUGUCUGUCUGUCUGUCUGUCUGUCUGUCUGUCUGUCUGUCUGUCUGUCUGUCUGUCUGUCUGUCUAUAUUCUCUUUCUGCUGCUGUAACCCCAUAACCCUUUCGCAAAACUGCUGGCAGGGUCGGGGACUUCUAUGGCUAUGCCAAGGUCCAGCCUGAGAUAUCCAUGGCAGACAGGUCAGUGUGUGUAUGCCACGGUUCAGCCUAAACAUCAGUUGAGUGUGUGCUUGCAUCAGACCUGGGUUCAAAUACUCAAAAAAUAAUUUAAAAUACUUUGAGGAUUUGCUUACGUCUGCCUUGAGUGCCAGAUGAGCUGGGUUUGCAGUUUUCAGACUAUUCUAUUGGUUUAUUAAGCCAGGCAAGCUCAAACCUGCACAGAUUAAGUAUUUGGUAUGAUGUUCAAGUGUUUGAAACCCAGGUCUGGUGUGAGUGCAUGCGUGUGUGCAUGCGUUAGAAUGGCCACAACUUUGCCUCUGUUGCAAUCAGACUGUAGGUAUUCCACUAAACUUAAUUGCUUUCAUAAAAUCUAUAGUCUGUUAAUAGCAAACGCAAAGCAUGCCUAAGCCUAUAACUAAUACAGUAUGUUUUAAGAGUCAAUAUUUAACCAACAGAACUAAAUGUGUACCGCAGCCCAUGUCCCCAUGUGUUAACCUGGUGUGUGUCCCAAAUGGCACCCUAUUCCCAAUACAGGGCACUACUUUUGACCAGAGCCCUACCGGCCCUGGUCAAAAGUAGUGCACUUUUGGGACCUGAACAGAAGAACACAUCUCCCAGCUUACUCCAUGUUUCAUAAUGCGCCCCAUAGCCAUAGCACACAGUAUAUCUUACUAUCUGAUUUGAUUUAAUAAUUUGACAAUUAAAAGUACAUAGAAGGCUGCUCCAGCUCGCCGGACAGUACAUACAGUGCAUUCGGAAAGUAUUCAGACCCAUUGACUUUUUCAAAAAAUAAGUAAGUUACAGCCUUAUUCUAAAAAGGAUAAAAAAAAUAAAAAAAAGUCAGCAAAUGUGUAUAUAUAUUUUUUUUAAUACCUUAUUUAUAUAAGUAUUCAGACCCUUUGCUAUGAGACUUGAAAUUGAGCUCAGGUGCAUCCUGUUUCCAUUGAUCAUCCUUGAGAUGUUUCUACAACUUGAUUGGAGUCCACCUGUGGUAAAUUCAAUUGAUUGGACAUGAUUUGGAAGGCACACACCUGUCUAUUUAAGGUCCCACAGUUGACUGUGCAUGUCAGAGCAAAAACCAAGCCAUGAGGUCGAAGGAAUUGAUCGUAGAGACAGGAUGGUGUCGAGGCACAGAUCUGGAGAAGGGUACCAAAACAUUUCUGCAGCAUUUAAGGUCCCCAAGAACAUAGUGGCCUCCAUCAUUCUUAAAUGGAAGAAGUUUGGAAUCACCAAGACUCUUCUUAGAGCUGGCCGUCCGGCCAAACUGAGCAAUCGGGGGAGAAGGGCCUUGGUCAGGGAGGUGACCAAGAACCCGAUGGUCACUCUGACAGAGCUCUAGAGUUCCUCUGUGGAGAUGGGAGAACCUUCCAGAAGGACAACGAUCUCUGCAGCACCACCAAUCAGGCCUUUAUGGUAGAGUGGCCAGACGGAAGCCACUCCUCAGUAAAAGGCACAUGACAGCCCGCUUGGAGUUUGCCAAAAGGCACCUAAAGACUCUCAGACCAUGAGAAACAAGAUUCUCUGGUCUGAUGAAACCAAGAUUGAACUCUUUGGCCAAAUGUCACAUCUGGAGGAAACCUGGCCCAUCCCUACGGUGAAGCAUGGUGGUGGCAGCAUCAUGCUGUGGGGAUGUUUUUCAGCAGCAGGGACUGGGAGACUAGUCAGGAUCGAGGUAAAGAUGAAUGGAGCAAAGUACAGAGAGAUCAUUGAUGAAAAUCUCCUCCAGAGCGCUCAGGACCUCCGACUGUGGCGAAGGUUCACCUUCCAACAGGACAACGACCCUAAGCACACAGCCAAGACAAUGCAGGAGUGGCUUUGGGACAAGUCUCUGGAUGUCCUUGAGUGGCCCAGCCAGAGCCCGGACUUGAACCCGAUUGAACAUCUCUGGAGAGACCUAAAAAUAGCUGUGCAGCAACGCUCCCCAUCCAACCUGACAGAGCUUGAGAGGAUCUGCAGAGAAGAAUGGGAGAAACUCCCCAAAUACAGGUGUGCCAAGCUUGUAGCAUAAACCCAGGAAGACUCGAGGCUGAAAUCGCUACCAAAUGUGCUUUAACAAAGUACUGAAUAAAGGAUCUGAAAUGUAAAUGUUAUAUUUCAUUUUUUUAUUUUUUAUAAAUUUGCAAACAUUUGUAAAAACCUGUUUUUGCUUUGUCAUUAUUGGGUAUUGUGUGUAGAUUGAGAAAAAAUAACAAUUUACUCAAUUUUAGAAUAAGGCUGUAACGUAACAAAAUGUGGAAAACGUCAAGGAGUCUGAAUACUUUCCGAAUGCACUGUACAGUAAAACAGUUGUAUCACAGAUAAUACGCAACAAAGCCUGAAGGCUUAUUUCCAUUGUGGUCCACUCAUGUACUGUAUGUGUUAAUAUAUUGAACUGAACAUAUUUGAAAAUACAAAGAGCCCCAUCGGCCCUGGUCAAAUGUAGUGCGCUUUGUAGGGAAUAGGGUACAAUUUGGGAUGUCGACCAAGUAUAUCAAUAAUGUGUUUUCCAGUGUACAUUGAUUUGAGAGAGAAUUAAUAUUAUUGAUUAUCCGCCUCUAAAUGUGUUUGUUGUGAUUGGCAGGGCAAAGUCGAAAUCUACACCAGAGCUGGACGACGUGGAGAAACCAGAGACUAAAGGUCAGUGGGGAUUUAUUAAUGUCCUCAAUAUUAAUUCAUCCUUAUUGACCUUCGGUGGAAGUUGAACCAUUAUUUAGCUGCUCAAAUUAGCGCAGGGAAGCUGGUGUGUGUGUGUGUGUGCGUGCUUGUGCACCAGCGUGAAUUUGGCAUUAGGAGUCAGUGAGUGUGAUCUGUAUCUGUAGAGGCUGUACCCAGACACUUUUAGCCAAUCUAGAGGUUUGUGUGUGCACACAUAUGUAACUAACUGUAUGUCAGUGAGUAUGAAUACUGUACACACUGUGCCCAGGCUGGUACGGCCGCUCGGGGGGCAUGGCCCAGAGGUUACUGGAGGAGGAGUUGAGACGUAAAGCAGACAAAAAGGCCCAGAGUCUCCGGGCUGCGUCCGAGCUGGAGUUGGAGAGGAGAAACAUCCUAAACGCCAUGAGAUACAGAGAGCCAGAAAGAGGUGUGGUUCACAGCCUCGACCGUUCCUCGACCGUUCCUGACCGCUCCUGUCUAAUCAAUGCAGGACCCAAUCAACCAACCAGCUCAGCCGAUCAAUCGUGUUUAGCAUGAAUGAAUAUAUAAACAGACACUUCCAGAUUUUAUAAUCUGUCUUGAUCAAGUCCUAUUGGUCACUGAAGCUGAAUACAGAAAAUGAAUCUGUCCUCUCCAGUGGCUCUGUCAUGAUAAUGAAUCACUGGUCGUAUUGGUGUUUCCUGGAUGAAUCAUUGGUCUACAGUCUAUUUCUGGACUUCCAUCCAAUCUCAUUGGCUCUCAUGUCCAUCCCCUGACUCCCUCUCUUCUCUCAUUGGUCCACAGUGACUAGCAGCGGUGGGCUUGGCGAGAUGUUGUGGAGUAAGGGCCAGCAGAGCCUACCCCAGGCGGAGCUGGAGAGGCAGCAGAUCCUGCAGGAGAUGAAGAAGAAGACCCAGCUGUCCACAGACAACAGCUGGAUACGCCAGCGCUCCACCACCACCAGCAAGGACCCCACUGCCAGCCCCAUCAGGAGGUACUCUUCCUGGGGCUUGACUGGGGCUCCGCUGGCCUGGGGGUGUGGGGUUGGUGGAUCAGUACAGUACACUGUGUGUUGAAUGAUAGAUAGCGGUUAAACCAGCCUCACCGGCCCUAUUAGAAGGUACUCUACCUGGGAUUCACCUGGGCGUUCAUGUUAGGACAGCUCCACAUGACUCUGACACCAACUCCAAGUAGCUCUGACACACCUUCCAUGAAUUUGUGACUACUCUGUUCCAAUAUGGACAGUGUACUAAACUACCUAGUUUGGGUCGCCAGGGGUUUAAUGCUGUAUAAUGAUAGCUCGAAUAACUGUGUGUAACAUGCUAACACAUAACUUACAACAACAAUUUUGUAAAAGUAACUGUUUUUAGUGGCUUGAAUGUUUUGGGCUCUAGCCUGGAUGCCAGUCUCUUUUCUGUUUGCAGUUAUCAAAAGAGUUGGCUAAAUCAGAAACAUAAUGGCCUGUGGUAUCCAGGCUAUUUGGAUGCUUACGCUAACCCGCUAACAUCCACUAACAUCCGCUAAUGUGUUCAACUUUUCAGAGGCGAGUCUCUGGACAACCUGGACACCGCGCCCCACUCUUCCUGGCGCUCGUCGUGGACACCGGGAAGCACCUCGUCCAUCCCCAACUACAGCAGGCCUCACUCCGCCCUUUCCGGUCUCAACACUACAUCCUCCUACAGCGGUGGUGGCUACGGCAGUGGUGGCUACGGCAGUGGUGGCUACAGUGGCGGCGGGGCCGGAAGUCGUCCCGGCUCAGCCACCCUGCCCUCCUCACUCUCCAUGAGCUCCCUCAGAGGGGCCGGGGGGAGCAACCCAUCUUCCUGGUCCCAGCCAACCCCCUCAUCUCUCGCACCCACCCCUUCUCCUGGCCCCGAACCCGAAUCACGCCCAUUCUCACAGCAACGUAGCAGGUAAAACAUCCAACGUCCAAUCACGUGGCACACUGCUGCUUGCCAAAAAACUGAGUAGGUAGAUUUGCUCCCAAUGACUGAUACAAUGUCAGAUAUUAGGGCUAAAGGUCAGAUUCUAGAUCUGGGGUUAAGGGUAACACCAAAAACACUUGCCCAAAGCUACAAAUGCUGAUAUGCAUCAAAAUGUCGGUGCGUGGUGUCCGUGUGGUGAGUGGUGAAACCACGAUUUCUUUUUUUUUUACGAGCAUGGCCUUAUUUCUAUUACAGCAUAUUGGAUGACUUUCAUUCAUAUUCCAUUCACCCAGCUCAAUGUAACAUCGAUAGGUUUAGGCUACUACAUGAUACUCACAUUUUCCCUAUACCCAUCAUGAGGUUGCUACAACCUACGAAUGAAAGUGUAUUAUGUAGGUGCACAUGUCGAGAGACAAAUUGGAGUAAUCAGGGUGACAGACAGUUACACAUUCAAUACCGCCUUGCCUUGCCUGCAUCUAGUUGAUCUAGGUUGUAAUCAUCCAAACAGUUGCAAAACGUUCCGAGAGUUUCUAUUGGACAAAUUCAGGUAGGUCUAUCCCCGUUCCGUUUGCUUCCAAUUAAGACACUUUUUUCAACAGAAUCGGCACACUCAAAGUUCACUUUCAUAGCAGCAUCAUCACUUUUCUCGUUGUAUAAUUCCUUCUCGCAUCUACGUUUACCUUUUCCCUUCGCUUGUGGACAGUGCACAACACAACAGCUGUCUUGACCUCUCCAAGCUAAACCUUCAUACCAUAACCGCUAACUGCUACACACAGUCUACAUCGUUGUCAACCAUAUUAGCUAACGUCAUAGUCAACAUAGCAACUAGAACUAACGCCUUAGUAAACCCACUACAAUCACGCAGUGUACUGCAAGCAAUUUAGCAGUUACACCAACGGCCCACGGUGGCAAUAAAUUAAUAAAACCAAAAGCUUAUCUCGACUUGGAAGAGUUCUAGCUAGCUAACAUGAAUAGCAUUCCUAUCUGUUUGAGCCGGGUGUUCGAGUAGGCAAAAUUAACUAGCUGAUCCUUUGAUUGGGUGAACAACAUGACAGUUCAUGCUGCAAGAGCUCUGAUUAGGUUGGAGGACGUCCUCCGGAAUUUGUCAUAAUUAGUUUGUAAAUCUAAAUCAAAUCAAAUACAUUUGUAUUGGUCACAUACACGUGUUUAGCAGAUGUUAUUGCGGGUGUAGCGAAAUGCUUGUGCUUCUAGCUCCGACAGUGCGGUAAUAUCUAACAAGUAAUAUCUAACAAUUUCACAACAUAUACCCAACACACACAAAUCUAAAUAAGGAAUGGAAUUAAGAAUAUAUACAUAUAUGGAUGAGCAAUGACAGAGUGGCAUGGACUAAGAUACAGUAGAAUAGUAUAGAAUACAGUAUAUACAUAUGAGAUGAGUAAUGCAAGAUAUGUAAACAUUAUUAAAGUGACUAGUGUUCCAUUUCUUAAAGUGGCCAGUGAUUUCUAGUCUAUGUCUAUUGGCAGCAGCCUCUAAUGUGCUAGUGAUGGCUAUUUAACGGUCUGAUGGCCUUGAGAUAGAAGCUAUUUUUCAGUCUCUCUGUCCCAGCUUUGAUGCACCUUUACUGACCUCGCCUUCUGGAUGAUAGCGGGGUGAACAGGCAGUGGUUCGGGUGGUUGAUGUCCUUGAUUAUGUUUUUGGCCUUCCUGUGACAUCGGAAGUGUCCUGGAGGGUGGGUAGUUUGCCCCCCGGUAAUGCGUUGGGCAGGCCGCACCACCCUCUGGAGAGCCCUGCGGUUACGGGCGGUGCAGUUACCGUACCAGGCGGUGAUACAGCCCGACAGGAUGCGCCUUCUUCUCCACACUGUCUGUGUGGGUGUACCAUUUCAGUUUUUCAGUGAUGUUUGCGCCAAGGAACUUGAAGCUUUCCACUGAGGUCCUGUUGAUGUGGAUAGGGGGUGCACCCUCUGCUGUUUCCUGAAGUUCACGAUCAUCUCCUUUGUUUUGUUGACGUUGAGUGAGAGGUUAUUUUCCUGGCACCACACUCCCAGAGCCCUCGCCUCCUCCAUGUAGGCUGUCUCGUCAUUGCUGGUAAUCAAGCCUACUACUGUUGUGUCGUCUGCAAACUUGAUGAUUGAGUUGGAGGCGUGCUUGGCCACACAGUCAUGGGUGAACAGGGAGUACAGGAGUGGGCUGAGCACGCACCCUUGUGGGGCCCCAAUGUUGAGGAUCAGCGAAGUGGAGGUGUUGUUUCCUACCUUCACCACCUGGGGGCGGCCCGUCAGGAAGUCCAGGACCCAGUUGCACAGGGCAGGGUUCAGACCCAGGGCCUUGAGCUUAAUGAUGAGUUUGGAGGGUACUAUGGUGUUGAAUGCUGAGCUAUAGUCAAUGAACAGCAUUCUUACAUAGGUAUUCCUCUUGUCCAGAUGGGAUAGGGCAGUGUACAGUGUGAUGGCGAUUGCAUUGUCUGUGGAUCUAUUGGGGCGGUAAGCAAAUUGAAGUGGGUCUAUGGAGCCUUGUGAGAACCAUGAGCCUCCUAGGUUUUGUGUUGAAGUCAAUGUACCCAGAGUAGGACGGAAAAUAGCUGUCCUCCGGCUACACCAUGGUUCUACUCCAGAGAGUGCUGUUGAGGCUACUGUAACCCUUCAUUGCAAAACAGUGUGUUUUAAUCAGUUAUUUGGUGAAGUGAAUAUAUUUAGUAUAGUUUUAUCAAAAAAGUAUAACUUUUUUUCACUAUUUAGUUUUUCAGAAAUUCACUUAGUAGGAUGGUCCUCCCCUUCCUCCUCUGAGGAGCCUCCACUGGUGUGUCUGUCUUUCUGUCUGUGUCUGUGGGUGGAUGGGAGGGCGGACGCUUGGAUGUGUGUGUGUGUGUGUGUAUUCUCAGUUUUCCAGUGUGGGUGUGGGUGCGGGUGCGUGGGUGGAUAUUUGUGUGGGUGGACAUGUGUAUUCUCAGUUCUCCAGUCUGUGUGUGUGUGUUCUGCAUUCUGUAAUCUCAGGUCAGUGAGUGGCAAGAAAAUCUGUACGUUCUGUGACACGGUGCUGGGCAAGGGAGCCGCCAUGAUCAUCGAGUCCCUGGGACUCUGCUAUCAUUUGACCUGUUUCAAGGUGAGAGUUCAAAGUUCAAGACCGGACCUCCCUGACCUGGAGAUUGAGGUCAUGAUUGGUCCAUAGCAAAGACUAAACCUGUCAUCUCAGUACUAACCUGAUCCACGGAAUGAGGCUGUCCUAAUGUGGACAACUUGACCCUGAUUAAUGUGAUACUAACCUAAACAGCAUGAAUGGUUCACAAUCUGGUCUGAUCCUUUAUAACCGUACACACAAAACCAAGGAAACAGAAGUCCAAAGUCCCACUGGGUUGUAAGAUGGAUAGUUGGUGACUUUUCCAAUGUGGCCAAUGAUUACCAUUUAAUUAAGGUUUCCAGUGUAACUUGACUGGAGUAAUGUUUCCAUGAACUUUUUAGUUAAUUGAAAAAGACAGUAUCUUCCAAAUUCCCUAUGAUCUAUAACUUGCUGCAGAAAUGGCAAACAGUAUUGGGACAUUGUUUUCAUGGUUUUAUGAGCAUUUCAUGAAAUCUGACUGCAUUUGUGCCAAAACCCACUAAUCAAUCCUUCACCUCACUAUUUCCUAUCACCAACACUGCUGCUGAAUUCAUAACGAGCUUCCAAAAGUCCCUACAUGUAUGCUAAUCUCAUUGGUCUCUCUGUCUGUCAGUCAAGUGUCAGGCGUCUCUCAUGGGCUCUGUCUAUCUGGUUGUGGCUCCAUGGGUAUAUGUCUAGCAUUCUCCCCAUGGCUGCUCUGUCUGUGGAACUCGUCUUUCCUCCAGGGGGCGACUGUCCUCUUCUCUCCCCAUCUGGGAGUGAGGGAUCUAGGCUAGCCCUCAUUGACCAUUCCCCUCUCUCCCUAACUUCCAGUGCAUCGACUGUAAGUCUGACCUGGGAGGAUCGGAGGCCGGAGCUGAGGUCAGAAUACGUAACCGACAGCUUUACUGUAACUCCUGCUACAUGCGAUUCAAAAGUGAGUAUGACUUUAGCUGGCUACCAGCUGAAAAGUGA